AUGUGGAUUUUAAACAUGAUAAACUGUAGUAUUCCAAGGAGCGGGAAUCUGCGAGCCAGUCUUCUUAUCGUGUUUGGAUUACUUCUUGUCUGUUUUACCGGUGAGAUAAAAAUCCACUUAUAAUUGAAGCUUGUGCCCUGACUUUUGUGCCUAUUACAAAACGACGUCUUUGUUUCAUUGGGAGAUCUCAAUACUCGAUCUUAAUACGAUUUGUUUCUGUUAUUUCGCAGAUUUAGCAGGCGCAGCUUGUGAUUGUGAGACUGAAUGUUCUUGUAGUAAAAGCAACUGCACGGCGGGGGAAUAUUGGUCUGGAGCUGGUUGUGUAGAAUGCCCAGCCGGACACUUGUAAGUGUAAACGAUCAGUAUUCAUAUAUUUAACCCUACAUGGGAAUUAUUAAGUCUUUAAUUAGAGAAAAGAACGUGCAUAAAAGGUUCUGUCGACGUAAGUCUUGCCAAGUAUAACUGGCCGGACAUUCUUUGCUUCAAAUUUCCUUGCUUUGUAUGCUUUGAUCUCAUGUCGUAUUGUGGUCAGUGUAGUUGCAUAAUAUCUUGUUUUGAUGUCAAUUGGAUAUGAGGUAUCUCCUUGAAUCUAACGUACGAUAUUCUGUCGUCUUUUUAUUAGCUGUCUUGGAAAUGAAACUGCCCCUCAACCUUGCCCAGAAGACACAGAAAACCCAAACACUGGGGCAACUAAUUCUUCAGCUUGUACGGUAAGAUUAUUAUUUGUUCGCAAAUUAUUGUUUUCAUUAGUGUUUCGAAAGGAAAUAUUCUUUAUUAAACACUUGUUUCCUAGCACCAGCCGAAUUGUCUAAUUAACUCAAAGCUCAUUCUGAUCUUAAGGUAAAAAUUUUAUGGAUAGCCGUUAAAAAAAUGUAAUAAAAAUCGAGGCGCGUAGUGCAGUCGGUAAUUGAUAUUGUCACUCGACGAUUGCAUUGUCAUCUUCCGGCCAUACUCCGACCUUGAAAAGUGGCUAACGAAAUCACGCUACCCUAAAAUGAGGGCAGCACUGUCUGCAUUGUCUACGUCUACUCAAAAAUGUUUGCCUGUGAAAAUCAUUUAAAGAGGUGAUGAUGAUUCAUCCAUUCCCAAUAAUUUUGUUAUAAGAUAAAAUAGUUUCAUUGUGAAGUCACCUAUUACUGGGUUUAAAAAUCUGGAUUUCAGACUCAGAUCUGUUAUUGCAGGUGGAUUUCAGUGAAGGAAAUCCACCUUUGGAUCCUGGGAAAGUGGUGUGGGGGGAGUACUUUGAAUGUUUCAAGUGAUGGCGAUGAUCAAAGGAUUUUUGGGGAUGCAAAAUUUUUUAUUCUAAUAUUUUUUGGGUAGGAAAGUGUGGCAAUUAUAUUUUUUGUGUAUCGUGAUUUAAGAAGGGAUUUUUUGGGCAUUUGAAACAAUUUGAAGAAUUGUGAAACCGCACAUGUUUCCCAGCCGCUUAGUUCAACUAAUAAAGUACGACAAAUUUGUGUUUUGUGAUUGUUUAUAGCAAACAUUACACUUUAUCCAGGGCUGUCAUUGAGUUUUGAAGCAGCCAUAGCAAAUGAAGAUUCACCCGUAACAUCUCACAAAAAUUUAUAGUGUCACCUUUUGCUUUCCACUUUGAUCACCCAUAACAUCAAGUGAGUUUAGCUGUAACAGGUCAGGUGUUACAGGUUACAACCCUUAAUGACAGCUCUGGUAUCUCAGAAUAAAUGUUUCAUAACACUCGUUAUCCAUACUCGGCCAUUGUCUGGUGCUGUAUCCACUGGGGUUUCAUUUUAUUUCAAUGAUUUCUCAUGCAUUGUGUCCAUUGCACACCCCUGCCUUUAUCAUCACAGAAAUUUUCUUUUACUGAAGUGAAUUCUCAGGCUUGGAAAUUUCGACGGCAUGCAGCUUUCAGGGGGUAAAUUUUGUUCAGAAGUUUUUGGGGUUUGGUGGAAGUGCUACGGACUUUUUUGUUUUUGACUUUUGCCUCGAUUUGAUAAUCCCUGUUACUUGAAAUCUGGAGUAUCCUCCCCCUUGGCUUUGGAUUUUUGUGUAUGAUUGCGGUAAGCCCAAUAGCAAGGCCUUGGCUAGUCAAGAGGGGGACUUGGUGCACAUGUCCAUCUCUCGCCUUUCUUCAAAGUGUAUUGCAUGUUUUUUUUUUUACUGAAUGUUGUAUGCAAUCCUUACAGGCAUGUGCUUCAGGUUUAAACAGCACUGCGGGAUCUAUAUCAUGUGACGUUCCUUGUCCUGCCGGUUAUGACUGCACAACAUCACCAGGGAAUGUGACAUUGUGUGCAGCAGGAACUUAUUCUAAUUAUGGAGAAGGAAUAUGUCACUCUUGUCCUAGUGGUAAAGUGUGUCCAGACCCGUCGCAGCAACCUCAGGUAUGCUUUUAUUGGUCUAUUACAGUCAAACUUCUGCACAAUAGUUUCUGUGACAACAAUAUAUAGGAGGCCAUUGUGUAGAGUGCAUGUAGAACUUUGCUUAGAUGUAGAGAAUUGAAAUACAGUAGAGCUUUAUAUUUAUUGGGUUGUAAACUUAGUACAGUCAAACCCUGCUUUGUGGACACCCACCUAACACCGACACCUCAUUAGUACGGACACUUUGUUUUGUCCCUGGGGAAAGAAAGCCCUUACAUUCUCUUUAAAUUCAACCCACUUAAUACGUAUACCCUGUUAUAGCUUGCGAGCAUGCUCUCUGGGGCGCUCUGGUGGCGGAGUGGGAAAAGAAAGGAGAGCUUGCAACCACGUCUUUGGAGUUUGAAUAUCUGCAUCGAAAAAGUCGAUGUGAAAUGCUGAUUGGCGGAGAUGACAUUAGUAAUGACAUCAUCACCCUUGGCGCAUGCUUUCAUGUGUUUUUCAGUGAUUGUUUGUAUUUACGCUUGUUUCUGCUUGGUGCUGUUUGGUGGAAAUCUGACUGCUCAGUUCAAUGGGGAGCCACAAGGGAAUUGGAGGCAGAAUUAAAAUUCCAGAGAUAUAGUUGCAAGCUCUCCUUCCUAUUAUAUUCCCGCCCUGCUGCCAGAGGGCCUUGGAGAGGUUGCAGGCUAACCCUGUUAAUCUGAACACUUUUUAUGGCCCCCUCAGUGUUCGUAUUAAUAGGAUUUGACUGUAAUACAAAAGUCUCUUGAAAAUGUUGUAACAGUUAAAGCCCAGUCAAAAUGAGCUGGCAGCUUUCAAUUUUGUUGCUUCCAGAAGUAUAUUUGUCACUAUUCAACACUUAAUCAUCAAACCAUUUUUUCUUCACAGUACUGCCCAGGAGGAUAUGAGCCUGAUGUUUCUCAAACAAAAUGUAAUCCUUGUGAGGCAGGUAACUUCUCAUUCAAUGGGACAUCAUGCCAGGCUUGUGCCACUGGAAGCUAUAGCCUUGAAGGGGCAGCAGAGUGUACUGUCUGCCCUGCUGGACACCAGUAAGUAUGCUGAUUUAUAUCAAUAAAUAUUCAAGUUAACAUUAUUCAUUAAUGAAGGGGGCCCUUGAAAAAAAGCCAACCUGACUUUUGGAUGGACUCGUAGAUUCUUCCUCCAAAAAUAUGAAACUGUGCAUGUACUUGUACACUGUAGCCUCUUUUACCUUCCAUUUCUCGCCUGUAGCCUCGGCUAAAUCUAUAUAUUACUGUUCUUUCAUUUACAGAUGCUCCAAUCAAACCAUUGAUCCAGUCAGAUGUAAUCCUGGUGAAUAUGCACCUGCUGGUGAGACCAAGUGUACACUGUGUGAAAAAGGAUUUCGCUGUCCAGAUGUCCCAUUAGCAAGUCCUUUGCCAUGUUUUAAUGGCACAUACACAGAUGCUGUGGGGCAGACAGAGUGCAAGCUCUGCACUGCAGGAAAUUUUUGUCCAUUCGCUUCACAAGGAGAGCAGCCAUGUGAAAAUGGAACUUACAGUAAGAAUGGAUCAUCAGUAUGCACUGAGUGUCCAGGUGGACAUAGGUGAGUGGUGAAUCUGCCCGUUUAAGGUCGGUACACACUAGGCGACAAGUUGCAGCAACAUGUCGCGGCGACAUGUUGCAGCGACAAAUCGCUUUCUGUGUACUGGAGAAUUUUUGUGAAAAUCUUUGUCGCUGCAACAGAAUUUGUCACCGCAACAAGUCGCACAGACUCAGUCUGAUUUGAUUUUUUGCGACUUAUUGCAGCGACUAAAUUCUGUUGCAGAGAGAAAGAUUUUCACAAAAAUUCUCCAGUACACACGAAGCGAUUUGUUGCUGCGACGUGUUGCCGCACCUUGUUGCCGCAACUAGUCGCCCGACCUGUACACAUGGAGUGAUCUGUCACCGCGAUGUGGUGCUGCAACUUGUCGCCUAGUGUGCACAGACCUUUACUUUUGAUGUAAAACAGUGAAAAAAGGUUUGAACCCAGGAGUCAUUUCUAAAGUAGAUGGAAUAUGAUCAUCCAGGUGAGAGGUAGUCCUGCGUAGGACUGGUGUUGACAUUGGCUGGCAUUUCAACAACCUGUGUGGCAGUCAGCUUCAGAGUUUAAGUGAGUUGUAUCAUGUCAGUUGAUGGUAUUGAACUCUGGUUAUUGACCUGAUUGCUCAAUUAAACUGCAGUGUCAUUGGCAAGGCACCAAUCUUUAUAGCCAAUAAUAUCAUGGCUUAACUGACAGAUGACCAAUGACAUUGUCAUUACCAUGGUUACCUGAAACAACAAAACUUUCUGUGCCCAUUAAUUAGCAUCUAUUUUUUGAUAUCCUGAAUGAAUGCAGUUAUAAUAUUUAUUAUUGACCAGGUGUUGCCUAAUGAAAUAACUUUGAACCUUAAAGUGACAGGUAGCAUCUGUCCUUAAUUUUACCUGGCUUACUUUUCAUGGCUGCACCUUUUCCAUUUUUUGGUAGUGGAUUUGAUUUGACUCCAUUUUUUUGGGACUUACUUUUGACUUUUUUCAGGUCACUCCUUGAUCUUAUAUUCAUCAACUUUACGAUUCAUUUUUUAUUUUAUUGUCUAAUUUUCUUUAGUUGUGCUGAUCCAAGUGCAGAUCCUGUUCAGUGUCAAAAUGGUACCUAUGCGCCAUCAGGAAGCCUCGCAUGUCUACCUUGUCCUGAGGGAGCUCAGUGCUUAACACCGGGGCUGUCAGAAUACGUCCCUUGUCACGACGGUACUUAUCUGUCGACAGAUGCAAACAAUGUAACCAGUUGCCAGAGUUGUCCCCCUGGAAAGAGGUGUCCAAAUCCAAAUCAGGCACCAGAGGACUGUCCAGAUGGAACUUACAGCAAGGGUGGGACAGUCGCAUGCACUGUGUGCCCAGGAGGCCAUAGGUGGGUCUUUAAGUUUAAAUAACACAAAUGCCUGGUUUUCAAUUUGAGUAGCAGGCCUAGUUCCUAGAGAGCAGGGGCUGUGUGUAUGUGUACAAAGGGGUGCUUAUUGUACUUCUUGGGGUGCAUUUUGUGGAUUUUUAUCACUUGGAUCAGUUUGCUUAAAACUGAAAAUGAUGAAAUAGAAACUUUAUUAAAAGCAUUAUCCAACAAGAGAUCACUGUAUACAACCAUGGAUAAAAGUUAAUUGCAAUUAGAUAAAAGACUAUUUUGGAAAAAAUAUAUAACGCUCUAGGCUGGGGUUAAAAAAUACUUUAUACAAUGCUUAAAGAAAAAAAACAUAUGCAUUCGUGAUUUGUACCCCGCUAAUGUUAGUGCUUAACUCAUGUUUAUACACACAUAACUAAAAAAAUCACCUUAAUUUUAUAGUCUUUUCACUCUUAGACCAUCAAAUGAUAAGAACUCCUUGUUGCUUACUCAAUCAAUUAAUCAGUCAAUGAAUCAAUCACCUUUAUUGUGAUUAAAAAAUGUCUGUGUCAGAUAAUUUGCUUCUUUGAAAACUGAUACCUCACCCACAAAACAAGACUUUGGUACAGUGAACAUUGAAGUGUUCACAUAUUGUGCUUUCAUCAUCAUGUUGUCAUGUCCUCUAGCUUAUUACAGCACAAAGAUGAGAAAAUAUUGUUUUGAGUCCUUGUUGUAGAAGUUUAGGAUCUGUUGCUUGGAGGAGAAAGAAUUUUCUUUUGUUCCCAUUAACGGGUGUCCACCUUAAGCAGGUUGAAUUUAGAGACAAUAUAAGGAAUUUCCCCAUGGUGUGCAUGGGUGUGUGUGGACCAACUAUACCUUUGAGGGGUGUUUCCAAAAUUUUCUGACCUCCACCACUUGACUUCCCCUUCAGCCCCUGGGAUUGGCAGAGUGCUGGCAGCACUUACAUCCCACCAACGUACAUGGCCACAGUUUUCUAUUCUUCUCACAAAUUCCACUGGAAUCUCUCUUUUUUUCAGAUGUCCUGUCAAGACAGAUGAUCCUAUACCUUGUGGAAAUGGAAGCUUUGCUCCAGAAGGGAGCACUUACUGUCAUGGCUGUCCAAUUGGAUCCCAAUGUCCCUCUGCGAAACUUGUGUACCACCAACUCUGUGCAAAUGGUUCAUAUUCGCUAGUUGUGAAUGCCACAAGCUGUUUAGAGUGUCCUCCUGGUUUCAAGUGUCCUAACCCAAAUGUGGAGCCAGUUGAGUGUGAAAAUGGUACAUACAGUAAGGCUGGGGCCACCCACUGUGUUAUAUGUCCAGGUGGACAUAGGUAAGCUGUAAAUUAUUGAUAAUAAUCCAAUAACUACCCACCUUUGAAUAAUAACCUGAUUUGAUGAGUACCUCUCUGUCAACCCUUAUAUAUGAGUUUGAAAUGCAGUACAUAUUCACAAGUGAGUUUUGCAAUUUUGUACUUAAAAAUUCCUCUAUGAUUUAUAAUAGGUGGUGGUAGUAGUAAUGUAGUUCUCAGUAUUAAUCAUUCCUUUGUGUAAUUCUCUAACCUGGUACCACUUCCACAUAAAACUCACUAGUGCAUUUUAUACUAACUCUCCCAGAUACAGCACUAUUCUGUACGGAUGAAAUGGACUUUUAAGCACUAUUUUGCCAUUGCAAUGAUGAAAGCGAAUUUUGAUAGCAUGUAGUUCAUGUAAGACUUCAUAUAAUGUCCUAAGCCAAGGCAGCUGAGUCAAUUUGUGGGCAGGUGGUAGGGGGUGGUGGGCUGUUGACAUUCAGAGGGGGAGGGGGGUGUAGUGCAAAAUAGAGAGUCUCCAGAUUUUAGAUCUCCGGAGGUUGGUAUCUCUGCCAGUGAACUAACUUGGUGUCUGUAUUCGUCCAUAGCUGUGCUGACAAAUCAGUAGAUCCUGCUGUAUGCCCUGCAGGAAGCUUUGCACCAUCAGGAAGCCUAGUAUGCCAACCAUGUCCACUGGGAUCUCACUGUCCAUCUAAUACUUCUGCCGUCCACACACCCUGUGCACCAGGAUCUUAUGCUAACGAGACAUCAUUACUUCAGUGUCGUCCAUGCCCUGCAGGGUUUCUUUGUCAAACUCCGGCACUGUCUCCUGUGGACUGUGAAAAUGGUACUUACAGCAAAGGCAGUGCUGCUAACUGUACUGUGUGUCCUCCAGGAUUCAGGUACGCAGAAUACAUAGAAUACCCUUUAUAGCUGUAUGCAUUCUAUGAUGUAGGCUUUUUCUGUUGGUCUUUUGACAUAUUGAGAAAAUUACUUUUGAGGGUUCAAGGAAAUUUGUUUCUUUUCCGGCCAGGUGCCCUAACAAAGACUCAGACCCUAUACCCUGUAAUGCGUCAACAUAUGGGCCAGGUGCAAGCACAGAGUGCCACCAGUGCCCGGCAGGAUCGGAGUGUCCAUCAGCAAAACUUUCAACUCACGUGCCCUGUCGUAAUGGAACGUAUGCAGAUUCUGAAGGAAACUCAGCCUGUCUACAGUGCCCUGCAGGUUUUACAUGCCCUAAUCCUGCAGCAUCUCCUGUGCCAUGUGAAAAUGGGACCUACAGCUUUAAAGGCGCCGCUUUGUGCAGUGUUUGCCCUGCUGGUUAUAGGUAUUAUGUCACCUGAAAUGCUCCAUGUUAAUUAAAAUUAAUUUAUCACUGUUUUUCAUUAUUUUUCAUAUAAAACCAAAAAGGCUAUGAUUGAGUUGUGAUAGUGGUAGAGACAUAAAAAGAACUAGACUGCUUGAAAUGUGCCUUUUCCCCUUAAAAUCUGUCCUUAAGUUGUUAUUCAACCACUUGCUCACACAACCUGGCAGUGAAAAUGAGAAGGGAUUGGAACAAGGAAGCACACCCAGUCAUCUCGUCCCAAGCCUUCCUUUUGUAAUAUUUUUCCUGUAAGCUUUUAAGGGAUUACUAAUUACUGUUUAUAUUAUAGAGGAAACUCUUCUCUGCCCUAAAUGAGAGCCCUUAGUUACUGAUUCUGAAUUUCCCUUUUGAUACUGUACUUAACAUUUCUUCUUAAUUACAGCUGUCAAAAUAAAGCAAACCCAGUGGAAUGCUCGAAUGGCACUUAUGCACCAGCUGGGAGUAUCCAAUGCUUUUCUUGUCAAAAGGGAACCCAUUGUCCAACCAAUGGCUUACCAAUGUAUGUUCUAUGUGCUAAUGGUACGUAUGCUGAUGAGGAAGGAUUGAGUGAUUGUAAACCAUGUGACGCAGGCUUUCAUUGUCCGAGCGUUGGAAUGGAAGCUCCUUUAGUGUGUCCUAAUGGAACAUACAGCAAUACCACAGGUGCCUUGGAGUGCAUUUUGUGUCCGGCUGGUUAUAGGUGAGUUUCUGGAAGAGCCACUCAGAAGCUUUUCUGUCUGUAAUAACAUUUGUAUGAUGAUAGUUCUGGAAAUGUUGGUUUUUAUGUUUGAUUUUUAACAAUAAACUGAUUUACCUCUCUUUGCCUGUUCAGUAGUUGCCUGAUCUCAUGAUCUCAGGGCAAGCAGUUUGGCUGGUGAUAUUCCACCAAAUGACAUAGUAGACUAGAAUUAAGCACUCAAACAUACACCAAACACAUGCAGCAACUACAGCCAAAUCCUGCUUUAUGGACACCUGCUUAGUAUGGACAUCUCAUUAUUAUGGACAGUUUGCUUUGUUCCCAGGGAAAGAAAGCCCUUACGUUUCCUCUAAAUUGAACCCGCUUAAUACAGACAGCCCAUUAAUACAGAAACUUUCUAUGGCCCCCUCAGUAUCCAUGUUAGUAGGGUUUGAUGGUUCCACAGUUGUUACCAAAAUGUUAAGGCAUGAACAUGAAAGUCACUAAAUAAAAUGUUGCUACACCUCACUUGAUUUACACUAACUAUAAUGUACCCACAUUUCCAGUUGUGAGGGUAAAUCAAACCGAGUGGAAUGUCCUGCUGGAACAUUUGCUCCAGCUGGGAGUGACAAAUGCAAGGCUUGCCCAAAAGGAGCCUACUGUCCAACAGCAGGGCUGGAGACUUACACUCUGUGCACUAAUGGCACUUAUUCAGAUGCUGAAAACCAAUUGGAAUGUAAGCUCUGUGAUGCAGGGUUUAGAUGUCCAAGUAUUGGAAUGGAAGCACCUUUAGUUUGUCCCAAUGGGACAUACAGCAACAUUACCGGUGCUCUGGAUUGUAUUCUGUGUCCAGCAGGUUAUAGGUGAGCUUCUUACUAUUAACAGUAUUCAAUUUAAGGAACUUUAAUAUCAGUAACUCAGCACAUUUAUUCAUCAAGUACAACGCAUAAUUUGUAAAAAAAAAAUGCGCUUUGUUCGAGUGUCAAUGUGUUUAGCACGAAAGUACUAAUUGGGGACAAUAUUUUUACACCUUUCACUGGACGAGGAACCACCAUUUUGGGUCAUCUGAACCACGUGAAGGUCUAGCUGUUUGCAGGGCAAAGGCAGUACCUUCAUUUCUUGGUUAUUGUGAGACCCUAAGUGUUGGUCCGACCCCAGGAAUUGAACCUGAGACCUCCCGUCUGCAGUCAAGUGCUCUACCGACUGAGCUAAUCCUGCUUCAGUCAAGGAAAUUGUGGAGAGACUAAUGAAGAGGACUGUUUUAGUGGUAGAUUUUAAGUUUCAGAACAGUCGACAAAUUAAUCCAAGGUUGCACCAAUCAAACACCACAAACUGAUCUUGCACUCUUGAAGCUUGAACAAUAAUUUUUAUAUAUUGCAACUGCACUUCAUCGCACCUUUAGCCAUCAGUGGAUACUGUACAUCAAGUGGAGGAGACUGAUUGGAUAACUGGCAAAGUCAGAACCGUACUUACUAAUUAGUCAAGCACACAGCACCAUAAGUGAUUGGACGUCCAGCACUCCAAUUGUCACAUCGUUCUUCCAGCUCAAGAAAGCUAACACAGCACUUCAUUCCAAAAAUUCAGCAAACUCUAGAUGAAUCUGCAAAAGCACUAUUCAAGCACAAUAUGUGUUUUCAGCAAGCAGCCAGUUUUCUUUCACAGUCGGUCCUGCAAAGUUUACCGUUGUCCUGCACAGUUAACCAUUGUCUUACACCUUCAGGACUUGCACCUGAAUGACGUUAUUGUCCGUGAGGGAAUUUGAAAGUGCACCAAUCAAGAAUAGUUUGUUAAUUCGGCAACUGCAGUCAUAUUUACGAUGGACUUACAUGGCUAUCUACCACAGUUGCAAUUGUAACGUCUACACCAGUAAAACACCAUUUGUGUACUCAGCACAUACGUGGAGAUAAUCGUAUCAUUAUUUGUUAUGUUACUCAAUUCAUAUGUGCAUUUUUAGUUGUGAAAGCAAAACAGAUCGUGUGGAAUGCUUGGCUGGGACAUAUUCACCGGCUGGCAGUACUAGAUGUGCAACAUGCCCCAAAGGAGCGCACUGUCCAACCAGAACACUUGAAAAAUACAUUCUCUGCGCUAAUGGUACAUACUCUGAUAAAGAAGGCAGCUUGAAUUGUAAACCAUGUGACGCCGGCUUUCGAUGUCCAAGUGUUGGAAUGGAUGCGCCGGAAGUUUGUCCUAAUGGAACGUAUAGCAAUACUACGGGUGCCUUGGAGUGUAUACUCUGCCCGGCAGGUUAUAGGUGAGAUUAAGUACAUUCUGUACACUCCAGAUGAAUUUGGAACUGCAACUGUCAAGCACAAUAUGCUUCCUCAGCUUCCAGGGACACUAAGACCGAUUUGAGCUGCACAUUGUACUCUUAGACCUUCAUGACGUGCACUUGAAUGGCUUAUGAGGGAAUCCUAGAAAGCACCAAUUAACAGUUCUUUUAACUCAACAAAUGCAGUCACAUCUUGGACGCCACAUCUUGGUGAUUUCACUCUACCAUAGUUGCACUCGGAUUGAUAUUUUAUCAGCACCUUGAUUUGCAAUGUCCGCACUCAUCAAGCACCAUCAAUGUAUUCAGCUCUUGUGUGGAGAUAAUCAUAUAAUUAGUGGUAUUGCAUGUUAAUCAAUACAUAAUUGCAUUUUCAGUUGUAAAGGGAAGACUCAUCGAUUAGAAUGCUUGGCUGGGACGUAUUCACCAGCUGGAAGUGACGAAUGCACAACCUGUCCCAAAGGAGCGCACUGUCCAACCAAGACACUUGAAACAUACAUUCUCUGCGCUAAUGGCACAUACACCAAUAAAGAGGGCAGCUCGGAUUGUAAGCUUUGUGAUGCAGGCUUCAGAUGUCCAAGUGUUGGAAUGGAAGCGCCCUCAGUUUGUCCUAAUGGAACAUAUAGCAAUACCACAGGUGCCUUGGAGUGUAUACUCUGCCCGGCUGGUUAUAGGUGAGAUUCGGUAACCUUCAAUUGACACCAGAUGAAUCAUGAAGAGCACCUGUCAAGCACAAUUUGUCUUUUCUACAAUCAGGGUCACUUAUUGGCACAACUGGUUCUGCACAUUGUAGUCAUAUACCACAAGAGACUUGCACUUGAAGCACUUAUGUCCACAAUUAGGGAAUCUUAGAAAGCACCAAUCAAGAACAGUUGCUUUACUCAGCAAAUGCAGUUAAAUUUUGGAUGGCACAUCUUGGUGAUUUCACACCACAGUUGCACUCGAAUUGAUAUGUUGUCAGCGCCUUUAUUUGCAACGUCUGCACCAAUCAAGCACCGUUUAUAUACUUAUCACAUACGUGGAGAUAAUCGUAUUAUUAUUGGUUAUGUUUCUCAAUUCAUACUUGAAUUUUCAGUUGUGAAGGCAAAACAAGUCGAGUGGAAUGUUCGGCGGGGACUUAUGCGGCAGCUGGCAGUACUAAAUGUACGAAAUGCCCCAAAGGAGCGCACUGUCCAACCAAGACACUAGAAACGUACAUUCUCUGCGCUAAUGGCACGUAUUCUGAUACAGAAGGCAGCUCGGAUUGUAAGCUUUGUGAUGCAGGCUUCAGAUGUCCAAAUGUUGGAAUGGAAGCGCCCUUAGUUUGUCCUAACGGAACGUAUAGCAAUACUACGGGUGCCGUGGAGUGUAUACUCUGCCCGGCUGGGUAUAGGUGAGGCCGAGUAUUCUUUCAUUGGCACAUUAGCUUUGCACAUCAUCAGUCUAAUAUAAAUGAAAGAAAGUUCGUGAAGACCAAAGAAAUUGUCAUUUUUGUAGAUUAUAUUUAUUCAGUCUGACAAUAGCGGCGAGCCUUUUUAGGCUGUCCGUAAUAACUUUUAACACGCUUGAUGAUGUCGAAAAAGAGGUACAAUAAAAUUUAUACUGUAUUGUCUUUAAUAUAUUUUUGUCUUUGCACCACUAAUCUAAAGCACUGUUAGUCUAUUUACCAACGCAAAAUUGUGUUGCGUAAAAUAGCAACUGCAUGCAUUUUAUUCCGUCACUGAAAAUCUGUCCUGCAUAUCUAUUUAAAAUCCUUUUUUGUUGUCCACUCUCUUCCCUAAAAUAAAGUCACAAACGAUGUCUUUGAAUCAUCAAUUACACCACUAAUUCACUGAUUCAUGCAUCUAUCAGACAGAUUUUUCGUAUUUUACAUGUAUAGGUGAAGAUUUCACUUAUACCACGUAGGAUUAGCUCAGUCAGUAGAUUGUUUGAUUGCUGAGCAGGAGGUCGCGGGUACGAUUCCCGGGGCUGGACCAAUAAUCAGGGUCUCAAAGUAACUGAGAAAUGAAGGUACUGCCUUUGCCCUGAAAACGGCUAGACCUUCGCGUGGCUCGGCUGACCACGUAAAAUGGUGGUCCCGUCAGUCUUGUAGGAGACGUAAAAAGAGUGUCCCCAAUUAGUACUUUCGUGCUUAAUACAUUGACACUCAAAUAAAGUUUCAGUGUUAUUUCUCAUGCAUCUCGUAAUUGGGGUCGAAAACGUUUCCAGUUUCUGGGAAGAAUUUUGGUAGAUUUGUGUUGAUAUAUGUACUGUGUUAAAUGCAAUUCGUCAGAUAACAUAAUUCAAAGCACUGUUAAAACACAUCAGUAUCUGCACGAAGCAAGCACCUUUUAUUCGUACCUGGAGCUCAUUCAUGGUUUCAUCUUUGCAUUGUCUUCGUGGUAAACACUUCUAGCUUGCCAUUUGUCUUGAUAUGUACUGUGCUAAAUGCAGUUAGUCAAAUAACGUAAUUUAAAGCACCGUUAAAGCAUGAAGCAAGCACCUUACAUUCGUACGUGGAGCACAAUCUUGGAUACAUCAUUGCAUUGUUCUUGUGCUAAACCAUUCUACCUUGCCAUUUGUCUUGGUAUGUGCUGUGCUAAAGGCACUUCGUCAUUUAGCGUAAUACAAAGCACCACUUUAACACAUCAGCACCUGCACGAAGCAAGCACCUUUAUGCAUUCGUACGUGAAGAUCAUUCGUGAAUACAUCACUGCAUUGUUUUCGUGUUAAACACUUCUACGUUGCCAUUUGUCGUGAUAUUUAUCGUGAUCAAUGCAAUUCGUCAGUAAGCGUAAUGCAAAGAACUGAUUUAACACCUCAGCACCUACACCAAGCAAGCACCUUACAUUCGUACGUGGAGCACAUUCGUGGAUACAUCAUUUCAUUGUUUUCGUGCUAAACACUUUUGCCUCGUGUUUUAGUUGUUUGGGAAACAACUUUACAGAAUGCUUAGCUGGUACCUAUUCCGGCGUUGGAAGUAGCGAAUGCCGAGCGUGUCAAAAGGGAACCCAUUGCCCAACAGAUGGCUUGUCGACGUAUUUUCUUUGCGCUAAUGGCACGUACGCCGACAAAGAAGGGUUGAGCGACUGUAAACUUUGUGAUCCCGGGUUCAGAUGUCCGAGUGUUGGAAUGGAAGCACCGGAAGUAUGUCCUAACGGAACUAUUAGCAACACGACGGGUUCACUAAAUUGUAUAUUGUGCCCAGCUGGGUUCAGGUGAGGUUUUUGUACCAGAUAAUUACAUGCACUUCUUAAGAUAACGAUAGAGAAGAUAUCUCUUUUGCCAUAAGACCCCCCUCCCCGCUCCCCCCAGAAACAGGAGAACACUUAGGUAUACCUUCCCCAUCCCCCUGAGGACAGUAUUAGGCUGAUUUAGCAACAGGACGGGAACGUCAGUUGACGACGGGAAAGCACGCGGAAAGGACUAAACACGACUUACGGUGCCCAAUUUGCUGCUCUGCCAUUGGACAAGCCAGUUGCUUAAUUUGCGCGCGCCGACGUCUACUGAGGUUCCCGUUCUUUUGCUAAAUCAGCCUAUUAACACUUCAAAUGUGUGAUAUUGUCUUUCAGCAACUUGCAGGAUACUUUAUUAACUAGAUUUAUAAGUGAAUGAAAGUCGACUUUCUUAAAACUUAACUUUUCCCCUCUAUCAUUCUGUAUUCAUGUACAUGCUUGUAGUACCUUACUUUACCUUGCCUCUUCGCGUUUCUUUGCGCAUAAGGCGUCAAAUUCUUAUAAGAUAUUGUUUAAAAAAUAAGGCUCGCUUUCACGCUCUUAGCUGCAUCUAACUGAAACAAUCCUCCAAGUUGCGACCAUUUUAGUCGCCAUGGCGCCUAAAAUUUUGCAGCUGACGACUUGAUUUGUAAAAAAAGUCUUCCCAAACCAAAAGAGUUGGUUGCCAAAUGGCGACCGAGCAAAAACUUUAACUUGGAGGGUUGCUGAAAGCAGUAUUGUGUAAGAUUUGUUGUUGUAUCGAUGGGGAAUAGAGAGGAGAACUUGUGCAUUGUUCUUUCUUGCAUAAAAUGCUUUUGGUGCACCGUGGUAGAUAUAAAAAUCCAUUUUAAGGCUAUUUAAUGCUAUAAAAAGUAGAACGCGUAUAAAUAAUGUAAUGAUGAAUCUUGAGUAGAUUCCAUUUUCCCAUAUGUCGGUCACAGAUGACGUCAUGUGGUAAGGACGUGCACUAGCCGUAGUUGUGUGUUUCACUGAAUAAAGUUGUGCGCUUUUUCGGACGGAACAAGGAAAACUAUAUUACUUUGACGGCAGCCGUUUUUCUAAAUCCCAAAUCAUCACUGGCAAUGGCCAAUCAUAGCGCGAAUAAGAUCCAGUACUUUGUUGGGUUGGACUCCGAACGCAUCCUUAAUACAGAGUGGACUAUGAGACUGCUGAUGGAAAACUAUCGUUGAUUGAAUGAAAGGAUCCUCAGACACAGAUCUGGCAUCUCCGCAAAUUUUUUCUGGGGCAAAUGACAUCGUCAAGAUCGGUCGAACGCACUUUGUAACCUUUGAUUAUUACAGUUAUAAUAUAACUUUUAAUUGCACGUAAGAAACGGUUCAUGUUAAUAGCACAGGAAAUGGCUUCACACUUAAUGUGGUGGUAUUUGUAAGCGAUGCUAACUAUUACUUUACUGCAGCAAUUAAUUAAGCACGUUUUACAAUAAGCACUAUUAGAACCAGCAAUUGUAACUAUUAGCACCAGACAUCCGUCUUAGUACAUAUGUGAAAGUUGUUACUACACCACAGUGUUUUACAAUAAGCACUAUUAAAACCAGUAAUUGUAACUAUUAAGCACCAGAGGUUUGUCUAGCACAUACAUGAAAGUUGUUACUGCACCACAGUGUUUUACAAUAAGCACUAUUAAAACCAGUAAUUGUAACUAUUAAGCACCAGACGUUUGUCUAGCACAUACGUGAAAGUUGUUACUGCACCACAAUGUUCUUCACUGCAUUCUAAGUUACCUUCAUCAAUGACACCAUUCGGUAGAGAAGCAGCAGCAUUCAAGCACCAUACACCUCUUCAGAACAUACGUGAGAACAUUAUUUUUUAAAAUGUGUCCUGAACACUCUUUCCUGGAAAUUUCAGUUGUUAUAGAAACGAUACAACGGAAUGCCAGGCCGGCACAUAUUCUACAUCCGGGAGCAGAGUUUGCCGUCCAUGCCCCAAAGGAGCGCAAUGCCCGAAUAACGGAUUGUCAACGUUCUUUAUUUGUGCCAAUGGCACGUAUUCUGACGUCGAAGGACUGAGCGAUUGUAAGCAAUGCGAUGCCGGAUUCAGGUGCCCUAACGCUGGUUUGGAGGCACAAGAAGAAUGCCCAAAUGGAACGUACAGCAACUCAACCGGUUCUCUUUUUUGUAUUUUAUGCCCAGAAGGUCAUAGGUGAGAUGUCGAGGUCACUGUUUUUGCCAACUUUACAUCCAUACGUUGUUGUAUUCGUUCAUAUGUAUUAGCUGGCAUGGAUACAGUUUAACUGCACUGCAAUCCACUGAGAAUGUGUGGUCGAAAAUUGGUUCUUUACUUGUGCAACUUCGGUGAACUUUUGUCGGAAAUAAAAGAUAAAAUUAGGUGAAUUUCGCUCUAAUUUCCUCUGCACAGCACAGUAACAUAAAGAUUGUUUGAGGAGAAGUUUGUCGUUUGUUCAUUGCCACGACUUCGGUGUCAACAAGACUCUCAAACACUGGUAGACUCAAUAAGAAAACAAAAACUUAGUACGUGCGUCACACUUUUUGGAACAUUUCUUUAGCGUCACUGCUCAGUUUACGACGCAAAACGUCUUCGAUCCCGAAAACUCAACGCCAGAAAUAUUAAAUAAGUUGAAAAAAGUGUGAUGAAGUUUUAAUGCACGCAAAUAUGUACACUUUAUCAAAAACGUUUUGCCUGCUCUCACUUGACUUAAGGUGCAUAAAUUCACCAAUGCUUUCAUUUGCUUCUGAUUCUCCUGCAGGAUCCUAUUAUUUAGAAAAUGUUGUGACUUUGUUAUAUUCUGUUUUUUACCAGUUGUGCUGUGAAGAGUGACGCCCCUGUAGCCUGUGGCAGAGGGUACUUUUCCUCAGAAGGAAGUGUGUCUUGUACUGAAUGCCCUGUAGGAUUUUAUUGUCCAUUGCUCAUCAAUAGUAGCCCUCAACCAUGUACCUCAGGAUUUUAUGCAAAUGAAACAAAGUCAGAUAGUUGUAAAGAGUGUGAUCGAGGUAUGAAGUUUGUUGUUUUUACGUUACCUAGUGAUUCUUCUUGCCUACCUACCUAUUACCUAGCUAAUCUCAUACCCAGAUCUCCCACAUCUCACUUUUCAGCAUUAGACAGAGCUGGAUCAUGGUAUAAGAUUGUCAUCCAGCCAACUUUUCCUUUCUAACGACCUUCUUUUUCCUUCCUAUUUCCCCCCUACCAGUUAAAUUGUCCCCGAGUUUGUCCUCCUUUUUUUUGAGCAUGCGCUCACCUUCAAUUCAUACAAACCAACUAAUAUGGCCCUGCUUGUUGCCGGGCUUAGUUGGCCUCCCAUGUGAAUUCAAACCAACUUACCUGUGUGCCUGCGUGAAUUACAGGUUAUCGAUGCCCGACGACCACUGAUUCCCCUGAAGCAUGUCCUCCAGGUUAUUUCAGUUCAGCAAAAGGACAAACUACCUGCACUCAGGUAAAGUAAAUGCACCUUACUCUGUGCUUGACAGUUAACAUAUACAGGUAUUUUGACUUGUGCAGUUUAUCGGCAUGCACUGACUUAAGUGCUCAUAUAUACAGGGCUGUGCUCUAGCUGAGCCUGGUGGCCCCUGGCGUCUAACUUUUGCUCUUGAGCAACUGGAAAAUCUUACUUUUUUCAUACAAAUCGUAUGUUGGGCACCCUAGAUUCUACAGGUUUUGAGCUCUGUGCUCCCUUUAAUUUUCCAUAGAGCACAACCUUGUAUUGUUUGCUUAAACACAGGCAUAAGGGCUUUAUUGUUCUCUUAUAUUUUCCUUAGCCAAAAUAUUAAUCAAACAGUGUAAUAUCCUUUUAUUUAUAUAUUUUGUGCAUCUUGUAAUGUCACAAGGUAGAUACUGUUUUAGUGGGUAAACUAAAAUGUAAUUCUACCAUUUCCAAUAAUUUUUUCCAAUAUAUUUUCCUUUUUUCUGUUUCAGUGUGCUCCAGGGUACUACACAGUAGACAAUGCAUCACAUUCCUGUCAGCCCUGUCCUGCGGGAAGCCGCUGCCCACUAAGAGAUAGCCUACCAGUGGCAUGUCUCUUUAGUCAGGUAAAACCUGCUCUUUGGCCUGUUUGGAAUAUGUUCUGUCACGUGGCAGUUCUUGUGUUCGUCUUGUCUCACGUCGUAUUUGGGGGCGUUGUAAUCUUUUUAUCAUCUUGUGUGAAUGCUGGAAAAUGUUAUAGCUACUAGCACAACUGAUGUGGCUACUUCGUCAGACAAAAUGUUGAAGCUAUUUAUCAUUAUCAUUACCAUUAUCAGUAUCAUCAUCAUUGUCGUCAUCGUCGUCAUCACCAUCAUAUCAUCAUCAUCAUCACCACCCCCACCAUCAACAUCAUCACCAUCAUCAUCACUGCGACCAUCCAUUAUUGUUGUCCCUGUCUAUGAUAACAGUCCCUACAUUGUCAUUAUUGCACCGUUGGCACGAUUUCAUCCAUAUCGCGCAGCUGUUAAUUCAUUUAAUCACCAUUCUUUUCAUGUGCAUAGACCUGCGGUGAAGUGCGUUUUAUUUGUUUCAGUAUUCACCAGAGGCUUCAGCUGAAUGUCUUUCAUGCCCUGCUGGAAAGAUCUGUUCUGAUCCUACGCUUCCGCCAGUGACAUGUGCUGUAAGUAUGGUUAUUGUUGCUGUUGACAGGGUUUUAAGAUGCUUUUGUGUCUACUUUGAAAUAAGACACACUCGUGUUAACAUUUUUGUACAGGACUGGAAUAUUGGUAGUAUUUUUGUUUUAUCAAUGAUCUUUUUACUGCAUGGCUAAACGUUUUAUUCUUUGUAGGUUGGUACAUAUAGCAAUGGGUCACAAUGCCUCCCCUGCGACAUUGGCCAUUACUGUCCAUCACCACUGAAUGUUCCUCAACCUUGCCCUCAAGGCACCUAUGCCAAUGAGACUGGAUCAGUUUCUUGUAAAGCUUGCGAUGCAGGACAUUCUUGUUUGAACCCUUCAAACACCCCUGUUCCUUGUGCCAGAGGAGAAUACAGUAUUGCUGGACAAACAACGUGCACGGUAGGCGAAUUUCUCAAUUUUGUUCUAAUUCCUUUAUUACCAGAAAUGUCAGGGUCAAAGUUGAACACAAUUCUACAUUUUAUUUUGUAACAUGCUGCAAAACAAAUAGUGCCAUGCGGAAGAGCUGUCAAAGAGCUUUCAUUUGAAUGGUCAUACUAUAAGAUUUCUUCCACAGACUCAAAAGUUAAAAUGUAUAGAGAUGAUUCAUGGUUCGUGUUUAAUGUUCUGCCAAGUAAUUUUCGGUCUUGUUUCCUUCAAACAGAAAUGCCCAGAUGGAAGAUACAGUCUUGGUGCCGCAUCAGUGUGUGACAUCUGUCCCGCAGGACGAUCCUGCAUGAAUGGCUCUGAUCCAAUACCCCCAACUGAGUGCAAUCCCGGAACUUACAGUCCACCAGGAGUUGGAAUUUGUCAUGCAUGUCCCCUGGGGACACAUUCAAGUACAGGGGCAUCUUUUUGCUCCCCUUGCCCAGCAGGGCACACAUGCAAUGACCCCAGCGAGUCCCCUGUUCCUUGUUCCUCUACAGAGUACUGGAACAAUGGUGGUGAGGUAGGAAUGGAGGUCCUGUUCUUAAGCUUGUCCACAAAACCUAUUUGAUCAAAUGGUGAUCAUCAUGUCAAGUAGUCUACCCUGAGAUGUUCUUGGGGCCCGUCACGCGUGUUUUUUCUCAAAUGCGUGAUAAAGCCCUCAGAACGGGUAGGUGAAAAGCUAACUUUGAUGUUACUGUUUGUGAAACGUCACACUACUGCAUGGUCUCAUUAAAAUAGACAGCUAGGAUGAUAAAGAAGGUGGCUUGGUUAUUGAGUGCUGUUGGCAAUUUCAGGCUUCACUGUCUCACUUUCUAUUUCUCCAAAAAGUAGACAGCUCAAACCUCCAAGUAGCCAGUUUUUUAGCCUGCUGCUGGCACUUAAUUGGAACCCUGACUACUUCACUCAGGAUUCAAGUCAAUUAGAUUACCCCGGUUCUAUUAGCCUAACUGCAUUGUCUGGUCUGUGUUGUCUACUUAUAAACAAGUAGAAGGCAAACUCGAGAUUUCUACCAGGGGAUACUUUACAAGGGGUUGCCUCUUGUUGAGAAUUAAACAACAUUUCCUAAUCGCAAGUAGUGCCUGAAAACGUGACAUUUUUCUCCUAGAAGCUUGACUUUUUUCGUGACUUGACACUUCCAAAGCAAUCUUCAUUCCUUUUUUUAUCUUGAUGGGUACAGAUUCCUCGAUGUGUUCCUUGUCCUGCUGGUUAUAGCUGUGCAAACAACACUCAGCCACCGGUACCUUGCAUGCCUGGGUAUUUCUCCCUUCAAGGAAACGCCUCCUGCACACAGUGUCAAGCAGGACAAGCUUGUAGUGACCCUGCGCAGGCUCCAAAACACUGUUCCAUUGGUACCUACAGUGAAGUUGUAAGUAUAAGUCUACUUUUAUUGUUUUGAUAAUUGUUUCCGUAACCAAUACAAGAUAAUAUAUUUUGAUCCUUUCUAACCAUUUCUCUGGAAGUAGUCCGCCUGGGCAUCAACAUAAGCAUUUUCAUUUUGGUUAGCGUGCCGUUUUCUCUCGUUCUUUGAUUCAUGGCACGCGUUCAAAAUACCAGUUAAUAAUAAAAUAAAAUACUCGAUGCUUCAAUGAGGACCGAUUUUAACAUUCUUUUUUAACAACAUUGUCGGUUAGACAUCCUCAACUAUUGCAGAAGGCAAGUUAACCAGUGUUAGGUGAGUUGACAGCAGGCAAAUUUAAAUCGUGCCCCAAAAUCGCCUGUGUAAAUAGGCCUAAAUAUAUUUUCAAGUAUUAUCUUUUUUAACUGUAAGUACUCUCGAGAACGUAAUCAAGAAAAUGAAAUUCAGGUAAACCCUUAACGGUGUAAUUAUAUCUCACUAACAGGGUGCCACAUCUUGCAAGCACUGUCCUGCUGGGUACAGUUGUCCAACUCCCAGCUCUCCUAUUGCUCCUUGUGCAGCAGGAAGCUUCUCUGUUCGCGGCCAGGCCAACUGUACAGUGUGCCCCAUUGGUUACAUGUGUCCAUCACCCACGCAGAGAGCUGUUCGCUGUACACUUGGCACUUACACGUUUGGCGAGACAGGGAAAGAGAAUUGCACUGAUUGUCCUGCAGGGUUUCGUUGCCCUAAUCCAGAGUGAGUGUUUUUUUCUUUACGUAUUCGCCCUACCUACUCGCCCUUGAGUACUGGCUUUACAAUGAAUUUGAAAGAAGAAAGUUUGACUCUGCUAUACUCUCAAAAGGAGUUAGGACUGAAACACUGGGGCAAGACUUAGCACAGUCGAUUAGUGCACGGCCUUCUGUACGGGACAUUCCUAGUUCGAUUCCUGCAGUAAGUAGCUUUAAAUACCCGUGAAGCGGAGCACUGAUGGAGCGAGGGGGUGAAAAGAGCGUACCGUUGGCCUCAGGUUUAUCAGUGUAAUGUGUACUUUUACGAGCUACCGACGUAAAAUAAGGGCCAUUACCAUUACCAUUAAGUUAUAACAGGGAAUGAAACACAACAAUCUUAUGCCACUUAUGACGUCAAGUAUCGGGAUCAUUGUACGUUUCUGGGAAACUGCCCACCUACCCCUCCCCUAAGCCAACAUUUUGACCCAAGUGAGAAGUAAGUGUUAGUGUUGGCUUAGGUAGGUGGGCAGUUUCCCAGAAACGUAUUAUGAUCCCAGUAUAUACCAGCGCGGAUUAAACUCAAAACAGCUGAGAAACAACUACGUAAAUAUCAUAGUUUGCAGAGCGAGACUGCAUGCAACACGAAACUCAAAAUAUUGAAGGUAACGGCCUCAUCGCUCAUGCAGCCUGCAAAAGAAUAUGCCUCACCACACAAAAGUAUCAGUUACUUUAAUCAAUAGCUUUCCUGUUGUCUUUCUUUUAGGUCAAAUGCGGCAGCCUGUCUGAAUGGCUCAUACAGUGUUGGAAAAUCAGUGCGUUGUUGGCCUUGCCCAGCUGGUAAUAAAUGCCCAACGACUGACGUAAGUGACUAACUAGUAGAUACAAUGUAAUUCUAAUGAUUUAUCUCCUAGGCUGACCAUGCAUAAAUAACAAUAUCCAAUUCCAAAUGCGUAUCGAAAUAAAAACUGUGAUAUCGGUUUUGUGUUUUGCAUCGUCUUUGGGUGCUAUAGUUGUGUGUAACAUGAUGUGAAACGUGUUUUUCGUUGUGUGUUUCCGCAGGCUUAUCCAAUCCCGUGUGACCCUGGUCAGUAUGCUGUUACUGGGAGUGUGAAUUGCACUGACUGUCCAGCAGGUUCCGAGUGUCCAUCAACUCAACAAGGACCUACAAGUCAAUGCGUGCCAGGUUUGUGCUUUUGUUUUGUUUUGGAGAAGCUUUGUUCUGUGGAACUGUUGUAGUUGAAUUUAAUCGGUGGUCUUAAUUUUAGUUUCCUUGAGAACUGAAAUGUAUGGAAACGAGUUUAAACAAAGGUAAAUAAAGCUCAAAUCAAAGAUAAAAUGGAACUAUAACAGAUCCAGAAAUCCUCUGUUCUGAUCAUGAAUUCUCGGUAAAAGGUCUUAAAAAAAUGUUUACAAUCUGCAGAUCAGUUUUAAGCAACCUUUUCUAUUAAUGAAGAUGACGUGAACUGCGGAAACACAGAUUUGAAUUGAAAUAUGAUCGUCGCAGUAGUAAUUGCAAUUUAAGCAAUUGCAAAUUAACUUCAACGGGAUUCAAACCCAUGGCCUCUGUGUUAGCGCUGCAGUGUUCUACCAUCUGAGCUAUAAAGACCCGUAAAUUGGGAGUAGGCCAAUUUGUUGAGUUCAUCUUAACCCGUGAAUGGGUCAUUGAUAUAUGUAUCUUUGUGGCUUCGCUUUUAAUACUGUUUAUUCGAAGUCCUUCAAAGAUAUUUUUUCUGAAAUUUGCUAAGUUUUCGUUAGAUCUCUGCUGCAUAUUUGCCAAGACCCUCCCGAAGUUUCGCUAGUCACACAAGGAAGGAUGGUUACAAGGAACCCAACCCUACAAGAAUCUUAGAGUCGUCGACCUUUCUGCCCCAUGUCGUGAGUGAAUUUUCACCCACGUGACCAGCCUCUAUGCAAAUUUAUUGAAACUAAAGAAAAUGUUUGGCCGAUGACUCUAAGAUUCUUCUAGGGUUGGUUUCCUUGUAACCAUCCUUCUUUGUGUCACUAAGCAAACUCCGGGAGGGUCUUGGCAAAUAUGCAGCAGUGAUCUAACGAAAACUUAGCAAAUUACAGAAAACAUAUCGUUGAAGGACUUCGGAUAAACAGUAUUAAUAGCCACAAAGAUACAUAUAUUAAUGACCCAUUCACGGGUUCAACCCCCACAGGAUUGGUUUGGAACACCGACGUAGCCGCUGUUCCAUGUUUUGGGACACCAAUAUGGUGUACGUGACGUGAUUUACACUAAGUGCCUCUAGGCAAAAGACAUUGGAGUUAAUUGAUGAAGAGUCUUCACCCAGCCAAUAGUAAAUGUUUCCUUCAUAAACCUUCCUUCAAACUUCUUUCUUACGUUUUUUAGGAACGUACUCUGUUGGAAAAGCGCAGGCCUGUACUGUCUGUCCAGAAGGAAAGUUCUGUCCAUCAACAACUGUUGCCACGGUGACAGACUGCCCUGGUGGCACAUUCUCAUAUGGUCGUCAGGAGCAGUGUACUCCUUGCCCAAAGGGCUGGAAAUGCCCAAAUAAGGAUGGAACUGGAAAUGUUAAAUGUCUACCGGUAUGUAUGUCGUUUUUCCACAUUGUGUAGCAGAGUAGAGGUCAUUUUUGUUAAAUUGUUUAUUUUUAAUUUUCGUGUUAACAAACCUAUGACGAGUCUGGUGAUUAUCAAAAUGGUUAAGAUAAUAAUAAUAAUAAUAAUAAUAAUAAUAAUAACAAUAAUAAUAAUAAUAAUAAUAAUAAUAACUCACUAACUACCGCACAGGUUGUCGAAACGUCAGUCAGUAUAAUACAAUCAACAACGUGAACAGUCCUUAUUCUGAAGGACUACGUUCACAGGUUGAUCAAACGUCAGUCACUUUUGUUAUGGAACAACAGUCCUAUUGAGGAUGACGUUGACCCAAACGAUUUCAAACAACAACCUAACUUUUGGUUAUGGUAAUGUUGGUGUUGAUAUUGAGGGCGGGUGUUAUAACAAUAGUACUGUGGGAUGAUAAUGACGAUGAUGAUAAUGGUGAUGAUGAUUAUGAUGUCGACGGACGACGAGGAUGAUGAUAGUACUGAUGAUGUAAUUGUAAAUUACGGUGAUGUUCAAAAUGACGACAAAUAAAAAUCUGAUGCUAUUGACGAUGGCAGUAGUGAAUCAGCAAUGACAGGUUCAUCUUGGAAUUUUGACGACUCAACCCCUUACCGCUUUCACAGUGACAGUGUUGGAGAAUGGCACUAGUUAUAGCUUAAGUACAGAUGAUGAUGCUCAUCGCUCGUGAUGUGGAUAAUGGCCUUGGGGACUCUGAUGGAGAUGAUGAUAUUGGUAUUAUUACUUCGAUUGGUAAUGGCAAAAGGACUGAGUGAAGUACAGUUCAGGGAGUACCCUUGAAUUGCACGGCACGAAGUCAUAUUACCAAUUGGUUGUUUCAACAACAAAAUGCGGGAAUCUUAGUCUUAGAAUAUUUAUUAAUGUAAGAGAAAGAUUCCAAAGCAAAAACAUGAUCGGUUACAACUUUGGAUGAAAUUUUCCAGAAUGUGGAAGCUAGCCUGACCGCAUGAUGAACUUUUUUUCGAGUAACAAGCUGUCAAAGCCUAAAGAAAAAAUCGGAAUAAUUGUCACUGGACCAGUUAGUUUCAUCCAUUUUUCUUUUCCAAUUGAACCUGGACAGCUUACCUGGUCACUAUUUUUUCAUUGAUUUUGAUUGGUUAUCAUGCGCUAUGUAGUUAAAUUUCAUUGCCUAGUGGCGUUUGGAACUUGAUUUUCAUUGGUUCUUUAACUGUCCGAUUUGACCUGUCCGAUUACAAGCUCCCGGUAAUCGGACAGGUCAAAUCGGACAGUUUUGGAGUUACAAAAGCAAAAUUAGGCUAUGAAUAUGGGCUCUUCAGAACCAAUCAGAUUCAAGCAUUUUGUUAUUGACACAAUUAGGAUGGUAACACUGGUAAAGAUAGUGAACAUAGGACAGAUUAAUACUAUUACAUGAAGUAAAUGUCAUGCUGCCAUUAAUGAACAGAACUGUACUAAUUAUAUCUUUGUCCUUUUCUUUGUCUCCAGGGAUCCUACUCAGUUGGUAGUCAAACAGUUUGUACUCCGUGUCCUCCCGGGGAGGCUUGUCCAUACACAGAUACCAACCAAACUGUAACCUGUUCACCAGGAGAAUAUUCAGUUGGAUCACAAACGGUAUGUCUUGUUUUUGCCUUUGUUUGUUUGUUUGUUUUCUGCGGCUACGGCUCGAACGGUGGACCGCCAUGCCAUUAUAAUAAGUAAGCAAGUAAGUAAGCAAGGUUUAAUCUCAACAUCAUCGCAAAUUAAUGAAUUACAAUGUUGUUACAAGAGUUUUAAAAACUGAGGUCACAAGCAAAUCAUAUAAAAAUCAGGGAUUGGGUUACAAUAAUGAUGAUAAUAUCGAAUUACAAACAGUUUCAAAACGAUUCUAAUAGAAAAAAAGAGAAUAAAUGGCAAGGCGUGGUACCAUACGACACAAUAAUAUUCAAAUACAGAUUGCAUCAGGGCGACAUAAUUGAAUUUUACGUGAUUACGUGCAUAAAUAGAAACAUUCAUGGAAGUACAAUAGCUUGUGUGGCAGGCGUUCAAAAGGGAAGUGGAAGGGAAUUCGGGUACACGAGUGCACGCGCAAGGGAGACGUUUCGUGCGGCCUUCGCGCUUCUCCCGCGUAGGAAACCCCCUUCUUUCUCGACACCUGCCACUCAGGCUAAACUACAAAAUAUGUGUCGUAAAAUCACUUCGAAGCCUGAUCUCAGGUUUUAGUUUGAUCCCUUUUUGAUUUUUUUCUUUUUUUCUUUUAAUUAUCAACAAUAGCAGAGGCUAUUUUAGGACAAAAAAUUCUUUUGUCACCUUCAUUGAAACAGGAUGUAACAGCUUUUAAAACGCCUACUAUUUAUUUAGUCUGUCUAAACAGAAACAUGUCAUUAAAGCAAACAUUCUCUCGACAACAGUUGGAAACGUGUUUUUUGUUUCCAGUAUUGCACCAAGUGUCCGCCAGGGUAUCGCUGUCCCAGCACAACAUCAAAUACAGAGACUGAAUGUGCAGAUGGUACGUACAGCAAGGGAGGACAACAAGAUUGUACACCAUGCCCUGCAGGAUAUGCCUGCCCAUCAAAGACAGACGACUUUCAAGUGCAGUGCUCCGCAGGGUAUUACACACUUGGGAAUUCUCAGGUAUGGCCAACAAUAAAAUCAAGGUUUAACCAGACAGCAUCGCGACUUCAUUGACCUGUGAGGUCAACAACUGGAGUUUACCACCAUCAUCAGAUGAUAGUCACUAUCAGAACUACCCUAAACCUCCGCUUGUUAGUCCUGGGCGUAUAAAUCUUCAUUCGAAAUGGAUUUUAAACAAUCUUUUUUGUUGCUGUUCUAAUCUAAGUAAUGAUGACAUUAAUUCUUAGAGGCCAGGUCCGAAAACGCGUAUGGAUUUUAGAGGCCAGGUCUGAAAACGGGUGUGAAUUGUUUGUGAAUAGGGGUAGCCCCGGCGUACCAAAAACGUUUGUCGUCUCUUGUAGUGUAAAUCAUGAAGGUUCGUAAAUCAUAAAUUAAAAUCGUAAAUCAAUUGGUCUAUUAACAUUAAGUCAUAUCUUGACCGUCAUUCAUUGAACUUUAUAAAGUGCAGAAAUAUCAGUUAAAUUCAACUUUAUCUCACAGUCAUUUUUCGGCCUUUAAACAACCAUUGUUUCACCAUUCAUGUUUUACGCCAUAAAUCAUAAAAAUCAUUAACUCAUAUAAUUCAUAGUCAGAUUGUUUUCAUGAAAUCACCAUAAGUUUAUUCAAAAUCAUAACUCAUAAGUCUUGUUGUCAUAAAUCAUAAAUUAUUAUCAUAAAUCAUGGAUCGUAAGUCGUCUCUUAAUCCACGGUCAUAUGUCAAUCAUCCGUUGUCAAUUGAUUAUCUAAAGCUAUAACGCAUACGUCACAAAUCAAGAUAACUAAGUCGUACUUAUUAAUCAAUAUUUAUAUUAAGCUCAACAUGUGAUAAACAAACUGUUCGUAACUCCAGGUUCUUUUUAUUUAGCGAUUACAAUUAAAUAAUUAGAUUAAUUGCCAAUUAUUUGAUUUGUAAUUUGCGAAUAUGGGUUUUACAUUGUUUUGUUAAUUCCUUGUAGUUAUUUUUCAAGCUAUUUGUUUUUUACCCACUUGUAAUGUUGUUAAUUGUUGUUAAUCAACAUCUUUUAAUGUUGUUUAUUUUGUAAAAAAACUCGUAAAUUUGGUUAAAGCUUUAGAUUAACCUAAUAUAAUCUGUUUAAAUGCUACUUUUUAUUUUGCUAGCAGCAAAGUGGGGGAUUAAAUGGUAGUAGUUCUUAUGCUCCUCCCAAAUCUGGUGUGAGUAUUAAUGAUAAAAUCUAACUACUGCAGCGAAUUAAUAUAAAAGAGAUUAACUUAAUAAACAGGUCAAUUGUUAAUAAACGGAUACUAAUAGCGGUACGUAACUCUCAAGCUUCGUUCAAAGCAGCUGUCAAAAUAAGUCAAAUGACAUCAAGUGCUUGCCUUGUAAUCUGUAAUUCCAUUUUUAAAUCGUUGACUACGUAUGUCCAACUCCCUUAGUGUAUUAGCACCUUUAUUUCCUUAGAAACUAACUUGCUGUGUUAUAAAUGUUGUUUUUAUCAACUCUCUUAAUACUGUACAACAUACCUACUUGGAUGGAGGGAAAUUUUGUUAACAUCUCACAGAAUACUUUAAACGAAAAACGCUUGCUACUUUAUUGUCUAGAUUGAGUCUUUCAGCUUCGAAAGUAGUAUGUUACGUGCCCGUACUAAAAUAGCAAAAAAAGGGAUUCUAUAAAUGAGAAACUUACUGUAUGAAGAGGUAUGAACAAGGUUUGUAUAAUGGAAUCAAUUGCCACUGUUUAGUCCGAGGACGACAAAAGGCAAUUGGCACAAGUCGAAAUUUUCGAUGUGAACGCUUUAUAGAAAAUAAAUAUUCAUUUAAUUAAUGUUUAUUCUUAAGUAACAUUGUAAAACUCGUCUUUAAUUCAAUAAAAAAUUUAGCAAAAAAAAAAAAAAAAGUCGUAUAAAAAGGUGUAAUGUAGAGAACUGAUGAUAACCUGUAUACCAAGGAGGGGAGUAUUGUACGAAAAUUAUGUAGCAAGUUACUAAGAAAAAAGUCGAUGUUACAGGGUAUUGAAGUCUUCAGCCCACACCACUCUCUGAUUGUUAACCACUUCAUCCUGACAUCGGGGAAAGGGUUCCUAUUUCUUUGUAAAAGGUGGCUGAAUGUACUUUUCGCCUUGUGUUUGCAGGUCUGUACUCCUUGUCCAGCCGGUUCGUUCUGUCCAAACAUAACAGCCUCGCCAAUUGAUUGUCCAGACGGUUCUUACAGCUUGGGUUUUGCGACGAGCUGUAUAGACUGCCCAGCUGGUCAUUACUGUCAAACCAGCAUGAAAGGCUCCGUUCCUUUACCGUGCCCUGCUGGUCGAUACAGCAACAAAUCGGCCAUCAUCUGCACAGAAUGUGAUGCUGGAUAUGCUUGCAAGGGCUCUGAUAUCACUCCAAGACCCCCAUCUGGGUUAUGUCCCAUGGGAUAUUUCUGCCCCGAUGGGCUCAUGGAAGAUCCCUGCCCGUCAGGUACAUUUGGCAAUGUAACUGGUGCUGCGAGUCAAGCAGCAGGGUGUCCCGCAUGCCCUGCUGGAUAUUACUGCCCAGCGGGAACAAGAGGCUACCCCAGCCACAGGUUUGUUUGUCUUUGAUGCUAUAAUAUAAAAUAUUCAAUUGACCCUGCUUAUUUUAAGGUAGAGCUAUUUGUCUCGCUCACCCUUACUCUUACCUUCUCACAAUUCUGACGUUUGUUAAUAUACACUUAGGUCCCAUGGAAAACAGUCAUUUCUUUCGGAGCAAUCUAGGUUUCUAGGAAACUGCCCACCUACCCCUCCCCUAACUCGACGUUAACAUUUGCGUCUCACUUGGGGUAAAAUGUUGGGUUAAGGGACGGGUAGGUGUGCAGUUUCCUAGAAACCUAAACUGAUCCUUUUUUACCCCAAGAGUCCUGAUAUUUCCCGAGACUCUUCAUCCGCAAAAGUGAAAGCUGGCAGUUUAUUUCCUUCCUUAAUUUUUCACGCCACUUUCCACCAUGCUUUAAUCACGUGCUGCUGUAACCCUUUUGGGGAAUUACUGAAUUGUAUCCUGCUCAAGGUAAAUUUGAAUUUAAUCAAGGCCACGUGACCAUGAAUCAACCAAUGGUAUUCCAUGGUUUCCUUAUUGCACGGGAAUUUACCUGCUCAAUACCUAGACGAGGGAAUUUUUGUUGUUUAUCCGCUUACAAAGUUAAAAUGAUGGGGAGGCCAAUGAUAGAUACCACUUUAUAAAGCUAUUUGGCCGCCUUGAAAACUUCAUAUUUGAUACUAAUGAAGAUUUACCGUUGUGCAGAUUAAAGUGCCCACCUGGUCACUGGUGCACUGAAGGCACCCAAACUCAAUUUGAACACCCCUGUUUAGCUGGCACCUUCAACAAAGAAAUUGGACUGGAACGACAAGACCAGUGUCUUGACUGCCUUCCUGGUUACUACUGUCCUGCCGGUGAUCAGACUGGGGACAGAUUGUGCCCCGCAGGACAUUACUGUGGAGAUAAGACUGUUGCUGCUAAUGCUCACCCAUGCACUGCCGGGACGUACACGGAGGAACAGGGGGCACAAAGUAAGUUUUUUCAGGCGCUUUUUGAUUUGUGCAAUCUUAUUUUGUUGCCAUUUCUAUUGGGUGACUCCCGCAAUAACCCUUUAAGCCCCGAUGGUGACCCACAUCCAGUUUCUCCCAACAAUAACACUGCCUGAUCAAACAGACAGGUAAUGAGAAUGAAUGAAAUGAUCACCAAAGAUAAGAUGUUGUGAUAUUAGAACAAAUUCUCUCAAGCAGUACCAUAAGAAACGUAUGAAGAACAGUGUGGAGAAGAUGCAUGUUGAUGCUGGGUCUUAAAGGGACAAUGAGGGCUCAUGUUUGAGGCGAUAUAUUUCCUUUUUUCAAUUCUUACUUGUCUUAAGCUGAUUUUGCUGCAUUUUUUAGCGUGUGCUUUCCUGAAAAUAAAAUAAAACUAGUACUGUUUGUUUUUUUUGUGCGAAAUUUUGAUUUAAGUGCUUUGUCUAGUAAGUAUAAAGCUCCCCUUAUGUGAGAGUUUUUACCCUCGUAAGUUUUUAUACGAAUUUGAACAAGAGUUAUUGGUUACCAUUGUCAGGUGUGCGAAAAGUAAGCUUUCCUUUGUAAAGAGGCACCUCGCACAGCUUUCACAGAUUCAAGGCUAGCUGCAAACAAGAGUUAAUGUAAAUAAGGUUACUGUUUGCUCUUAUAGUGGUGUAGUACAUAAUUUAAAGGUAAGUAGAAUCAUGCAGCGUUUUCUGACGGUCUUUUAAUCACUUCUCUUAGGUCAGUUGGAUUGUAAAGAUUGUCCUCCCGGCUACUACUGUACAGCAGGAACGCAAGAGCCCGUGGCCUGCCCAAAGGGUUCCUACAACCCCUUGAUUCGUAGAGAAUCACAGGCAGACUGUCGAUCAUGUAUCUCAGGCAUGGCGUGCCCUCAUGCAGGUCUAACAUGGCCACCAGUAAAAUGUGAUGCAGGGUAUUACUGUCCAGCGGGGUCAUCAUUACCUAAUGAGACCAUCCACGCAUGUCCAGCAGGAACGUACACUGACCGACAUGACUUGACACAUGCAAGAGAGUGCACAUCAUGCCCAGAAAGACAGUCAUGUGAGGCGGGUACCGGAGGCAAGCAGAAACCCCCACAAGAAUGCGCAAAAGGUAAUGUGGGUAAUGAAACCUGGCGAAGUUACCAUGGAGAUUAUCGUGCUAAGUCAGCGGCUGCACUUUGCCUAUGAAAGCGCUCUGCGGGGUUGCCUGUUGCGCAUGUGGGGCUGUUAUUUGACAACAUGGUCUUCAGACUAGCACAUAGCAGUCGAAAUGUCACGAACAUCAGGAAUGUUAAGCAUCAAGUUUUCGGCUAAGGACGGAUUUGGUUAUACAAUUACUACUGAAUCGGACAAUAGUGCAUCUGAAAACGUUCUUCCUCAAGUUUUUCAUGAUUGUAAAACCAUAACUGUCAAUUUGAUAACGGCUUAAGGCAAACGCCAAAUGCACUAAAACGCAUAAGAAAGUGGCUCGUGGCCAUCUGUGCCGGUUUCGUUAGCUGUAAACGUGAUACUUAGCCCCUCUAAUAUGAGCGACUAUCGUGAGACAAGCAGAUGAAAUCAGCAAAGCUUUUAUGAUAAUUUCAACCCUUAUGUUGUCUUCCCUUUGCUUUUUAAGGCCACUACUGCCCACUUGAAACCCAGAGUCCCACCCAGUACCCUUGUGUAGCAGGGUCGUGGACCAAUCUAACGAAUUUAAAGUCACAAGAAGAGUGUUAUGAGUGUCCCAAGGGCUGGUUCUGUCUCACGGCAAGCACAGCGCCCACUGAUUUAUGCUUUACUGGCCAUUACUGUCCGCCAGGUAAGUGGACUGAUUCAUGAAGCAAAUUUACAACAGCGGGACUAGUUCAGUCGGUAGACGGAUAGACUGCAAAGCGAGAGGUCGCCGGUUCGAUUCCCAGGACCGGACUGAUACUCAGAUUCUUAAAAUAACUGAGAAAUGAAGGUACUGCCUUUGCUGUGCAAACAGCGGAACCUUCCAGUUUCGUGGAUGACUGCGUAAAAUGGCGGUCACGUCUCCAUUAGAAAACGAAAAAUAGUGUCCUCGAAGAAAGUGCGUUUUUGAUAGUCUGUUUAAACGAAGUGUUAUAUUUCUACUGGAAACAGAAACAGCUUACCCUCUCUGUUCCCCGCCAUUAGUCCCAUUAGAGACUUAAAGUUCCAUGAGCUGAGUCUAAUGCCUUGGAUUAAGUACAUGAAACGAUGGCGCGUACUAAAACCCUGGUACAAUGGUGUAGAGCUCAGAACAAGGAUUUCGGCGCUGUUUCACAGACGGACUUAACCAGAGUUUAGUUUCAUCUGCGGCACAGGCUAUUCAGAACUGGAAUUUGCUUUUUUCGCCAUAGAUGUAUUUUGUCUAUCAAAGGUGAUGACUCAUCUUGAAAAUAAUGAGAACAUAUUAAGCGAUCAGAGUAUUUCUUUCUUGUUUUUUUUUUCUGCAAAAGGAACCAAACGAGGUAAUGAAUUUCCUUGUCCGGCUGGCACAUACAACAACAAGACUGGACUGGAACGGGUCGAGGAUUGCGUGCCUUGUACAACUGGUCAUUACUGCCCUCAAGGAACAUCAGUACCAAAACAAUGUCCAAGGGGAACUUUUAAUGAUGUACUGGGAGCAAAGGUAAACACCAAAAAAUAUAUAUUUUUUAAAGUCGUUUUUUUGUCGUUUCAGUCGAAAUUAAAUAGUUUUGGGCUGGGUGGGGCAGUCAAUGGACUGACAGCAGCUUUCAGUGGCGCCAUUUUAUACUGACGUCCGAGCUUAAUGUAAAGAGGGCACGUCUGUUGUCCUCUAAUACAGGACAUUUCAUUCACUCCUUCUUUCAUUCAUUAUCACAUGCUGUCAAAUGUGGAAAAAUAGCGCGUUGGUCUUCAACGAGUCGUCAUUUGACAGCUACAGAAUCAUCGCAAAAAUGGCCCAUUUAGCUACUUGCCCUUUUUAAAAGGUACUUCAAUGAACCCAAGCGGGGAUCUAAGGUUCGGGUGUUUUUUGCUUUUUGGAUCUACAUUGAUGGCAUUAAAGGUGAAAUAUACCUCUUCCCAUUUGCCAGUUAGAGUACAAGAAUGAAAGGUUUGGUGACAGGGUAACACCUGCCCCAUCAAAUGGCAAGUAAGAAUACCUCUAGCCACUUGAGAGCUUAAGUGAUCUGAUGAGGUGCUUUUCUCUAAGCAAGGAAACCCUUCCUUUCAUCACACGUAGAAGGGAAUAGAUAAGACUACUGUGUAAAUAACGAGUAAUCUCUCUUUGUUUUAGAACCAACUUGAAGGCUGCAAGCAGUGUGUCGCAGGAUAUUUUUGUCCCAACCUAGCGAACUACGAACUUACUGCUUGUGAAGUUGGGAACUAUUCGGUAAGAAAUGCCUGACAUGAUACCGGUGGAUGUAAGGGUACUAUGUUACUUUAUCUGCUUUUCUCCAGACUUAAUGCUCAAGGGAUGUGCGUGUGAUGAGCGGGAUUUAAGUUUAAUGUGUCGUAGCCUCCCAGUCAGGCCUUCUUAGGGCUUUGUUAUCCGUUCGUCUCCUAGAGGAAUGCGUGACAAAGUCCUUCGAAGAUCUGCGUGGGAGGCUGGCUCUUCCUUGUGUGAUACAAACUUCGGGUUGUUGUGUUAUUAUAGGCUCCAGGCGCAUUUGAAUGCACGACAUGUGAGGCAGGUCACUACUGUGAUAGUAGAACAACAAGCAAGUCCGUUAUGAUAAGCACCAAGAUUUGUCCCGCUGGAACACACUGUCCGCCUGGUACCGUUCAGAAACCGGAUCUUGUGACUCACGCUUGUAUUAAAGGACACUACUGUCUCAGGGGAGAUGAGGUAAGCCUUGGAAACUCAGUCAAGCCUUUCUGAAUCAUUAUACGUUCCUGGGAAACUGCCCCUAAGCCAAUGUUAACACGUGCUUUUCACUUGGGGUAAAAUGUUGGCUUAGGGGAGGGGUAGGUGGACAGUUUUCCAGAAACGUACAUUGAUCCGCCUGUCUUUAAUUGUUUUCGCUGAGAUUUGUUCAGCGAUAGUACCUAUCAUAUGGAAACUGGGGGCAGAAUUAUCAUUACUUCCAAAGUUAAGCUACCUCCCAGUCUUUAAGUUGUAACAAUGGAAUAUAGCUUUGAGACAAUACUUGAAAUACAUCUUGGCUUACCAUGGCUCCCUCUGACUACAAAAAAUUGCUUGGGACAAAAGUUCGCAGUCUGGGAGGUGGGAGCCCGAAUCACCGCCAAGAGACGUUUUUCUAUACAGAAUGUCCUUACAUUCAUUAUUGAUUUCUCGAACAGAAUGCCUACCCAAUCAAGUGUCCAAACGGAACCUUCAACCCUCAUACAGGACGAAAACAUGUCAGUGAGUGUAUUAAAUGCACACAAGGAUAUUACUGUGAACCUGAAGGACUAGAGAAAGAGGUAAGGGGCAAAGGAUGGAGUCAAAAUGCUGGUAAUUCGUAGUAAAUUAAAGAUUGAUUGGUGGGGACGUAUUUGAACCGAGAGUUAUUUGUAAGUCUUCCAUUCAAAAAAUAACCCUUAAAGUUGUAAGAGUCGAUUUCUUCCGCUUCUAAAGGCAACAGGAAAGCCAAGCCUACGAACGUGAUUAUUUCCAGGAGCCUUUAAAACAUCCGAUUCUCUUUGAACAAGAGAUUAACGAAGGGGAAGCAAGCCAUUCUUUUUAGAUUUGCGGCAUUUAGGCAGAAAAUUCAAUCCACUCAAACUUGCCCUAGAUUAAGAACGUGAAAUAUUCCCAACAUCUGCCCAAAGUUCAAGAGCACAAGCAGUUUGUUGAAUAUCACUAUUUCCCUUCUAGGCUGAUGUCUGCCCUCCCGGUUACUACUGUCCCGAGGGAACUGGUUACAGAUUUACACAUCCGUGUCCAGUGGGAUUUUACAGAAAGCUUUCUGCUGCGGUGUCGGUACAGGAUUGCAGUGUUUGCUUCUCGGGUCACUACUGUGAUGAAUUAGGCCUUCCAACUCCUAAAAACUGUCCUGAGGUGAGGCUCAAAGUGUAUUUGUUCUAAGCAUCCGUUCUUAUAUCAAACCAGUCUUCAACCUAGUUUGAUAAGAGUUUCCUAUCACCCGUUUCUAGAACGUCCUGGCAGUUACCCGGCGUGGAAAGCUAUUUUGUGCGCAUUCAAGAUUCGAGGUCUUAUCCGGUUCGAGGUCGAGUUUUGACGGUUAUGCAAGAAAAUUGACGGUUUGCAAAACAGAGUGGACUGGUUUGGAGAUUGUUUUGAUUAAAAAAAUAAAAAACAAUAGGGUUUGCAACUCGUAAAUUAACAGGACUUUCUGGAAACGGGCCCCUAGCCUUCAUUAGUCACACGGGACAGAAGAUGAACAUUUACUGCAGGUCACAAUGGCGUUCGCCCUUAGAGAGAGUACACUGUAUUUAUGCUAAAGACAUCCUUUUUUUCUUGUUGUAGGGUUUCUUUUGUCCCACUGGUACUACCAUUCCACAGCCAUGCCCAAGCGGUUACUACGGAAACUCGUCUGGCGUAAAGAGAAGCGAGGAGUGUACCCCAUGUCCUGCUGGACAGUACUGUGCUGGGUAUGGACUUCGAGAACCUAGUGGCCCAUGUGAUGCCGGUUUCUAUUGCAGUGGCAGAGCUUAUACUUCUGUAAGUGGUUAAAAAUGCGCUUUACUAGAGUGUCAAUGAUAAAGCACGUAAGUACCCUCCAACUGGAGACGGGACUGUCAUUUUAAGUGGUUAUCCGAGCCACACAUUGUACUUUUUUCACCAGAAAAGUUAGCACUGUUAUCGUUAUUGAAGAAGGUUGAGACCUCUCCCAAUUAUAAAAUCGUAAAACUUCUUACAUUUGAUAACUUGUUCCCGCCACUACGACACUCUCGCCAAAAGUCGUCGUUGAAUGGUGAAGGCUACCUCUUUUUCUCGCCAAAAUGACGCUGCCCCACGCGCGAGCACUACUUACUAUUGAGAAAAUCUCGUACUCGAAGUCGUUUUCGUCUUAGAAUCUAAAGCUCUCUAUUCCUCCGCGCGUAAGGAAUGACUGAGGUGAUGUCUUUAAGACACCAGAUAGCUUUUCGUGCCAACAUGAUAGUAGGAAGUGGGAAAAGGAUUUCUUUUUUGACUUGCGGUAAUUGAAGUAAAGAUGAUUUCUCUCAGGCACCCCCCGAGGGAAGUCCUACUGGAGGUCUCUGUCCCCAAGGAGGAUACUGUCCACAAGGAGCAAAGACACCUGAGCCCUGCCCUGUGGGGAAAUACAGUGGAACCAAAGGAAAUAAGGAACCUGAUGACUGCAUUACCUGUGAUCCUGGGUAGGUACUUGAAGGUACUCCAUUUUGCUUUAGAAUAUCCUGAUCCAGGCUCCAUGUGCAGUCGUGCAGAGAAAAGUGAUGCGAAAAACGCGCGGGGGCUGGGGAAAGAGGGCAACGUCCUCCUCGCCAAUCGCGCGGGUCUUAUUUUCGUUUUUCUUGUUUUAUUUUCGCGACGUUCGUACUAACUGAGAGCCUGGCACAGGUUAGUUUUAUGGAGACAUGGCAGCAGGAAAUAAAGUGAAACGACAAUGUGAACACAUCAUAUAGGGCAACAAUUUGCUAAUUGUGCCGUGUGGGGUUGAAUAAAAAUAUUGUGUGAAUAAACGCUGAUGUCAAAGAGGACGUUCUAUUUUGAGUUACUAUUUUGAGCAAUAAAGAACACCUUGCAUUGAAAAGAAAGCUCAAAGUAAAACGUUGGUAAAAUAACUAAAUACAUGAGGUAAUAAUGGCACAAAAAGAUGAAGAAUAGUGUAGAAUUAAGUAUAGUUACGUGAACGAAAAAAUAAUUCAGGAACCUUGUUGUUAGCCUCUUUACUUUGUGAAAUGUUAUGAUCAUCUCCACUAGUAGACCUGUAUUGCGAGGAGUCUCCAUAACAAUAAAAGGGUUUGUUGAGCUUUUAUAUUUUGUUGUAUUUUCAGAUACUACUGUGCAGGUGAUACUAACCCCAAACCAACUGGCCCGUGCUCCCCUGGACAUUAUUGCACUGGUGGGGCAUCUACACCAACCCAGUUUGUCACACCCAAAGGUCACUUUUCUGGUGAGGCAGCUUCUUCGCCCGUCCAAUGCCCUGUGGGAACUUACCAAGAGGUACGCGUUCAGAUAUCAUAAUUUAAAUUAGGUAUUGGUAAAUGUUAUAAUCCAUUUAUACUGGUGUACAGUAUAAUGAGCAAAGCCCGCAAAUGUGCAAUGGAGAUAUGUUGACUAUGUGUGUUGACAAUAUUUGGGUAAGUGGGGCUAGCUUCAUAAAUGGUUACGUCACAGCAAGUGCUAGCGUCUGGUUUGUUAGUUUGACUUGGCUCCAGAGUGUACUUUGCUAUUUCGUUGAGUAUUCGUUUCAAAAUUCCGCACUUCCUUUUCGCUAUUAUUUAACAUGCUUUGAAAACACAGGCAUUUUGUGUUUAAUCUUUCACGUUUUUGUCUACAGAGUGAUCGUGCUGAGCGGUGCACUAAUUGCACUGAGAAGAAUUUCUGUGAUGAAAUGGGGCUGACAUUUCCAAAGCCGUGUCUCUCAGGCCACUAUUGUCCUCCAAACAGUAUUAAACCCACAGCAUGCCCACCCGUAAGUAUUCAGAAAACAGGAAUACUGAACCUAGUCGGAGCUUUUGCGUUGUUGAAUACUGUUAAACACAAGAAAUUACAUAAGAAAUAUGCACGUACACCCUAAACAACAUUGGGGGGAAGAAGUACCGUUAUGUUCUGAUGUCCCCAUGUAAAUCCUACGUAUCUGCAAAGAAUUUGUAUGGAUCUAUCAGUGCUUAACGGUGAUUAUAUCUCCCCUCCAAUUUGCUCGAACACUUUCUAACACACUGAUUUUUGACCAUUUUUGGCCAAUACCGUUAUUUCGCAAGUUACGUUUUUGUGACGUCAUCACUCAAGUCUAUUUUUUGGUUGUUUGUUCUAAUUUUCCCGCAAAGAGUCAAGUCAUUCUUGUGAGAUCUUGCGAGAGACUCUACAGUUCGCCUGGUGACUGAAUUAACGUUAUUGAGGUUGCAAUUUUCUUUUCUGCAGGGUACCUUUAACCCGAAUACAGGAACAGCUACAAUCGAUUCUUGCUUGCCUUGUGAUGCUGGGUCAUUUUGUAAACAGCCAGGAUUGAAUGCCACUGAAGGCAAAUGUUUUGCUGGAUAUUACUGCACUGGUCGUUCCCCAAGCCCAACACCCGUAAGUUCUUAUCAGUGUGUUGAACUUGACGCAAUCAGUAGUGUAUUUAUCUGUUGCAGAGAAUGUUCUUAGCGUUGCAGAAACAAUUACUUUUCAUUGUGUUUCAUUUUGAAAAUCGAUCGUUUGGGUCAUGUCAUUGCUUGUUAACAUCAUCUGCAGCACCAAGAAACUACCAUACCUCAGUCGUUGAAAGCCUGCGCUUUCCUGCAGAUAAAUAACUAUUCCUUUGAAACUCGUUGCAUUAUGUCCUAGACAGAAAUAUACUUAGUAAACGUAUGGCGUCUUCAAGCUUAAGAAUAACUAAAAGUGUCUAUAGAACCGCCCAUUUAAGCCCGUGUUUAUUUGCAGAAUAAUGGCUCACUGCUUUCAAACAUAACGUAUGGUGGUGUGUGUCCCCCUGGUUACUUCUGUCCAGUUGGUAGUGAACGGCCGUAUGAAAAUCCGUGUCCAAAUGGCACCUACAGCAAUAGAACAGGACUGGAAAGAGAAGAUGAAUGCAUCCCUUGUGACCCUGGAAAAUCUUGCACAGGCGAAGGCCUAACAGCGCCAAACGGUAUCUGCAGGGCUGGAUGGUAUUGCGUCAGUAAGGCAACUACACCUAUACCCUUGGAUGGGGUGACUGGGAACAUUUGCCCAGCUGGGUUCCACUGUCCAACUGGAACAGAUACAUUCAAGGAUUGUGCGCCAGGAACCUACAGGUAUCCCUAUAGAUCUCCACACCUUUCCAGUUGCAAAAUGAUAAUAGUGAUAUUUUUUUAAGAAGGCAUGCACCUGAUUCCCAUUUGUUACCGUUAUUUUUACAUGAUAUCAAAUGGCAGUCCAGUUUAUUGUAUUGUAAGUUGUUGUAUACUAACAGUUUAGGUUGGUCAAUAACAUAUAUUCCGUGACCCACUAAGUAUUAAUAGCUUUGCUUGUUAAGAAGAGUGGUCUUCGCUUCGUUAACGGCAAUAAAAACGUCAAAAAGCAGUAGGUUUAAUAAGGAAAACAACAAAGAUUAUGUGCGUAUAUCACACUCUUUACUCUGGUGCAUUUCUUUCCCGUCACUGCACGACUUCCAGGUAAAUCUUUCCUACGCCACGUUUUAUUGAGGCUGUAAGAACACACCACGACAACUUUUUCUUUCUCUUCUCAACUUGGAUGCGGUCCAUAGGAAUUAAAUUCCACAAAAGUUGUUCCAUAUUUGACAAUUGAGCUCGUUUGAGUAAACGUUUAACUUUGCUUGUUUUUCAGCAACGUCACAGGACUUGAAACAUGUCUAGAAUGCCCGGAACGUUUUUACUGCAAUGGUGCUCAUUUUGCCCAAGCUGAUAGCAAGAAACCAAUCCCUUGUCCUAAGGGUCGCUACUGUCCUGGUGGAACUGGAUUAUCACAGCCAAAAUGCCCCGCUGGUACAUACAAUCCCCAGGUAAACUUCGUAAUUAUCAAAAUCUAUCUUGUGACCACAUCAAGCACAUGUACUAACGUAUGUUAAUUUUUUUUUCAUAUUUCCUUGAGGUAAUAAUUAGAGUUUAGAGCCCUUGAGGGCAUAAACCACUAUAAUAAUAGUAAGGAAAGCUUGCAAAAAGGUAGCUUGCUGGUUUUGCACGUUAAGUCACGGGCAGCCAUGUUGGUUUGGUAGCACUUAACCCCUUUGGGACCUGAACUCCAUUUUUUAUGUAAAUGUUUCGAAAAAAUAUUUUUACAUUGGUCACCCACAUAGCCGCCUUGUCAUGGGCUUGCAAACCAGAACUGCAGCAUUCAUCAGAUCUUUUACACAAUGGUAAUGUUGCCAGAGAACACAGAUGAUCACGUUCAUCUUUUUUUACCUGUAGUUCGCUUUAAGUUUGUAUCUACUUAUGUUUUUCAGUUGGGUCUCGCUCGUGAAAAUGAGUGCCAUCCCUGCCCUGCUGGCAAGUAUUGCAGUGGUGCUGGAAUUGAAACGUUCCCAAGUAACAUAUCUGGUGACUGUGAUCCAGGGUUCUUCUGUGUUUCAGGGGUGAACACUCCUCGCCCCAGUCAGAACUUCAGUGGCAUCGGUGGUGUUUGCCCUCCAGGAGCAUACUGUCCUGUAGAAACAUCUGAACCCAUAGGCUGCCCCAACGGUACAUUUUCUAAUGUGUCCCAGCUUGAGAGCGUAGACCAGUGUACGCCAUGCUCGGAUGGUCAUUACUGUGAGCAGUCAAACCUCACAGAACCAACAGGUAGGCAGGGACUCGAUGUAUGUCCAUCACUCAUUACCCCAUUUUUAGUCAUUAAGUUAUUGUGUUUCCAGUCCAGUCUAGGUUCUGACGUGCUUCUGUUUAUUCAUUUCUUUUCAUCAGGGAAAUGCGCACCAGGCUUUUAUUGCAGACGAGGCUCGAACACAGCAAGACCAACCAGUGUGUCAGCCAUUGGAGGACCCUGCCCAAAGGGCCAUUUCUGUGAACUUGGUACAGCAUUCCCUCUAGGGUGCCGAAGAGGAACAUACAAUCCCAAUGAAGGAGAAGCCGCAUGCUUUACUUGCCCAGCAGGUUACUUCUGUCCUGAGAACUCCACAGACUUUAAUCCUUAUCCUUGUCCACCCGGCCAUUAUUGCCCCAAUGGCACUGAAUACGCUACACAGUAUCCUUGCAGCAAAGGCUAUUUCAAUGGUGCUACAAAGGGUGUGAGUGUGGCAGAUUGUUCACCAUGUCCUGGUGGAAAAUACUGCAAUAAAUCAGGGCUCUCGGGACCCACCGGGCCAUGUGCAGCUGGUUAUUUCUGCGUCAAUGCAGCUUACACAGACAAACCUCAGGACUAUGAUAACUUCACCUCAGGUGACUGUCUGUGCCCUGCAAAUUCUACUGGAGGAGAAUGCCAAGAAGGCUUCUUCUGUCCUGAGGGUUCGCAUGAGCCAACCGCUUGUACAGGAGGGUUUUACUGCGCUGGCAAAGGAAAGGAUGCAGUCACUGCAGAAUGUGAUGCAGGAUGGUUUUGUACUAGCGGAGCUAAGGUGCCUCGACCAUCAGAUGGAAUCACUGGGGACAUCUGCCCACCAGGGCGCUAUUGCCCCAAGGGUACCAAAGUUCCGCAGCUUUGCCCAAUAGGAACAUACUCAAAUAACACGGGAAACAGCCAUCAGGACAACUGUACCGCUUGUACGGAGGGAUCAUACUGUGAAACUAGGGGAUUAACUAAGCCUACUGCGCUUUGCUCAGCAAAAUAUUACUGUCCUUCUGGUGAAUCAAUAGAUAAGCGGCUGUCAUGUACUAAGGGGCAUUUCUGUCGAGAAGGAAGUCCUCAGCCAGUCCAUUGCCCAUCUGGAACCUACCAGGAUGAAGUACAACAAGACUAUUGUAAGACCUGCCCUGCUGGUCAUUACUGUGACAGUAAGGAUGACCUAAGCGACUUCACACCCUACCCAUGUCCAAAUGGGUACUACUGCCCCAAUGGAACGAGAUAUGCCACAGAGUUUGGCUGUCCAAACGGAACUCAUGGAAAUGGCACACAGCUCUUCCACCCUGAUCAGUGUGUCAAAUGUCCACCUGGAAAAUUCUGCUAUGGUAAGAUGGAAAAUGGAGGUGGUAGUAUGACUAAUUGGCUUACGGCAUUUGAUUUCAGUCCCGAGUUCAGUUUCUCUGGCCAAAUGAGAUUCUUACUUGUUAUGUUGAUAUGAAUUAUUUGUUUCUGUCCUUACUUCUUGGCCGCAUUGAGUACGUCUGGGUCAUCAGUAUUUGUGUCAUAACAGUCAAUAUUUAAAAAGUCAAAUCAAAUAGAACACACCUUACUUCCAUGUCCUAGCCUCCAACCUCCAAUACACACUCCCUAAUUCUGUAAUGUAAUAUUACGUCAGUUUGAGGCGCUAAAACGUAAAUCAGUUUCGAGCCUCUAAUGAGCUCACCCUUGAUACUAGCGACCACGUUUAACGGGAAUUUUCUUCGUUUUAUCGAAAGAGGUAAUAUAAGUAAAACGCUUCCUAAACAGAGCAAUUGAUUUGUAGUCCGUUCUUUUAAUUACUUAAUAUCUUCACAGGUUCAUCACCAACGUUUAGUGGAGACUGCCAAGAAGGCUAUUACUGCCGACUUGGUUCACACACACCUACUCCGACCGAUGGUUCCACGGGUGAAGAAUGUCCUGAAGGCCAUUUCUGCAUAAGCGGCACUAUCGCUCCUGAGAGUUGCCCUCCUGGGACAUUUUCCAACUCUUUAGGCCUCAGGAACAUUUAUGAAUGUACAAACUGUACACCCGGCUUGUUCUGUAAUGGAAGCGCACUUGUAGCGCCCAGUGGUGACUGCUGGCCGCGUUAUUUCUGCAGAGGAAGGGCAGAGCAUCCAGCUCCUCAAGAUGGCAUUACUGGAGGGAACUGUACACCAGGACAUUAUUGUCCGGGAAAAACACCAGAACCUAUUCCAUGUGAGGUAUGUGUUGGUUGAGGCCUGAGAAUAGUGAACAUUUCUCUAUACUUUUUAACUUGUCGCUAUACUCCUGUAUAUUUGUUAACCUAGGUUGAUUCUCAAUUUCCUUGGUCUUCCAGGGCUAGGAGAUAAAGGAAGCUGUGAAUCAACCUUGGUUAAAAUAAAAUUAGCCUGAAAUCAAAUUUGACCUGUAACAUGUUCAUUAAUUAGUUUUCUUUUAUCAGUUGCUAAUGGAAAUAUAUUUUUGGAUCUCGGCAAAUCUGUCGACUGUAAAGUGACUUUUCCUCCGCCCUCGUGGUUGCCUAGGCUCCCCCACUCCCCCCUCCCUUGUCUCAACUAGUGACACAAGUGCUCAGUGUAACAAUAUAUUCGGAUUACUUUAGGAUGGAACAUACAUGAAGGAUCCUCUUGCUGAUGCAUGUCUUGAUUGUCCUGCUGGGUUUUACUGUGUAAACGACAAGAGUCAAGACCCAGAGCCAUGCCCUAAAGGAUUCUAUUGUCCAACAAAAACAGGCUUUGAUUGGAAACCCUGCCCAAAGGGAACGUACGGAGAUGCAUCUGGAUUAUCAAAUGCGACAAGUGAGAGUACAUUAAGCGUGUAGGAUGUCAGUGCACUAGAUAUUGUUUUUUACUAUGACGUUUCAGAAAAUUCAUUGCCAGUGAUUAUUUAGCGACUAUUCCUUAUACAGUCAACUGCCUUUAUAGCGGACACGCUAGAGACCUCGAGUUAGUGUCCUCAUUAGCGAGAUUCCGUAAUAGCGGGAGUUUAUUUCAGUCAAACGUCUUUAAUCUGUUUUUGCCAGGGAUUUAGCUGCUGUCCGUGUUAUCGGGGUGUCCUCAAGGCGAGAGUUGACUGUAAUUUUGUUUCCUGGAACAGCACGACUGAAUUUUUAGCAGAUUAGCACAUUGCGACCUCUGACUAUAGGUUGUUAAUGAUAUGCACAGUAGAACCUGUUGACAAGUAACCAGUACAUAGUACGUCUAUAGGACUGGCUUGCCAGUCAAGGUUAAAUGAAAGUGCUGCUCAGAAUAUUCAAUUCAAUAUGUAAUUCAACGUAUUCACAUGAUGUUAAAGUAUUGUUCUGGGAUCUAUUUAAUAAAACUUUUACAAGUGUAGUUUACAAGUGUAGCCAAUCUUUUAGGCUCUGAAAACAAUAGCUACACUUGUAAAAGUUUAAUAAAAUUGACCCCUGAUCUACUUUUUGCAGGCUGUCGCCCUUGUGAUUCUGGUAAAUUUUGUGCACACGAGAAUGCAACUGCUGUUUCUGGAGAAUGUUUUGCUGGCUACUUCUGCCGUCGUGGUGCCGAUUCAGCAACACCUAAUGCAAGCUCAGAUUCUGGUCCUUGCCCAGAAGGCCAUUACUGCCCACUGGGCACAGGCGAACCCAAAAAUUGUCCACCUGGAACUUUCUCCAAUGUACAGUUCUUAGAAAAUGAAUAUCAGUGUCAAAAUUGCACAGAGGGAUUUUAUUGCGGAGAACUUGGACGAAGAAAUGUUUCUGGACCAUGCGACCCUGGCUUCUAUUGCCACAAGGGAUCUAAGGUGCCUAACCCACCAAGUGUGACAGAGUCCGGAGGACCAUGCCCAGUGGGGCAUUACUGUCCAGCAGGAACCUCAUAUCCACUUGGUUGCGAAGCUGGUAGCUACAAUGACCGCACUGGCCAAGCAAACUGCACAUCUUGUUGUGCUGGGUUCUACUGUCCAUCCAACUCAACAGCAUGUGUUCUGGAGUGUCCAGUGGGACAUUAUUGUCCAGUGGGAACUGAGGCACCAUUUGAUAAUCCAUGCCCCAAGGGAUAUUUCAAUAAUGAGACAAGGCGACAAAGCAUGAGGUAGUAGUUUAUUGUGUUUAAUUUAAGUUCUUAUUGCUCAACGAUUCUUGCUUAUAUUUGGAUUCUUUAUGUGCGUUUGACAAAUUGACACCAGUCACUAGACAUUUUACGUGAACUGUUUGCAAUUUCCUGUUACUAAUGAUACAUUGAUGAUAAAAUCUUGAACAAAUUCUGGUUAUUUCUUGGGCUCCUGGUAGAAAAUUCUCUAUAUUAAGUAUUGGAGCUAGAGUAUGGUGAGAUUAUGGUUUAUUCAGGGUGGAGGACAAAUCCCGUGUGGUGCAUUUAGCGAGUUAUAAGGACUUUUGUUCCUGUUGACUUUGCUGUCAAAUACUUUUCUCUUGCAGUGGUUGUACACCAUGUCUGCCAGGCAAAUUCUGUGACAAAGCAGGCCUUGAAAAACCGAGUGGGGAGUGUGCAGGGGGUUGGUACUGUGUACGUGGAGCGUGGUCUAAUAAACCAACUGAAGUGGGUGUCCUUGGUUACUGUAAUUCUUCAAUUGGAAUGGGAUGCUUCUGUCCCAAUACAACUACAGGAGGAGUCUGCCAGCCAGGGUUCUACUGUCCUAAUGGUUCUCGUGAGCCAACACCAUGUUUGAGAGGUAAUUUGUUGUAGGAGACAGUAAAGAGUUCAGGUCACAGUACGGUUUGGUCAUUACCUUGCAAACACCUAAUUAACUGCUAGUCAGAACCAUCCAGCCACUUUUGAUGUGUCUAUUUAACAUGGUGUCGUCCUUUAAAGAGUUACUUUUCCGCUCGUUUCCUAGCACCAAUUUAGAAAACAAAAAGUGUAGUCGAACAGUUUGUCCUUCAAGGAUGAUUUACGCUUCAACCACUGAUACGUAACCCCCAUCAGUACUUGUCCCUUUUUUUUUCGCUCUUAGCAAAGGCUUAGAAAUAAACUGUUCUGUUUUGAAUCUUACUUCCAGGUCACUAUUGUGCUGUUGCCGAGCUGUCUAAUGUCACAGGUCCCUGUGACGCUGGCUACUUCUGUAAAGAGGGAGCCAGAUUUGCUGCUCCAACAGAUAAUGUUACCGGAGGCGUUUGCCCCAUGGGUCACUACUGUCCUGCUGGAACGUAUGACCCAGUUAAGUGUCCUGAGGGAACCUACUCAAAUUCUACUGCCAAUCAAAAUAUAAGUAGCUGUCUAGCCUGCAUGCCUGGGUAUUACUGUGGGGCGAGAGGUCUGGAGCAGCCAUCAGGACCAUGUGAUGCAGGCUACUACUGCCCAGGUGGGCAGAAGACAAAAACUCCACCAGAGUACACCUGUACCCCAGGACAUCAUUGUCCGGCUGGAAGUGCUUAUCAGGUGCCUUGUGAGAGCGGAAAAUACCAAGAUGAGUUCCAACAGGGAUCAUGCAAGACCUGCCCUGAAGGGUUUUACUGUGAUGCAACAAUUCUCAAUGCAACACACUGUAGCCACGGCGUGCAAUUCCCAAGCCCAUGUAUCAAAGGUCAUUACUGCUUAAGUGGAACUAAAUUUGCACGUGAACACAAGUGUCCAGCAGGUAAGAGGUCAAGCUAUGAUUGAUGAUAAAAGUAAGAUUCAAAAACUUUGUGGUCUCGUCAAUGUUGAACUUGCUUCUUGUAACAGUACCUCCGGUUUCUGGGAAACAAAACAAACACCGAGAACGAGUACAAGUUUACAGAAAUGUUGAUUGUUAUGUUGUGUGCAGCCACACUGGAUGUAAAGAAAUGACGGAUAGCCUGCUAGUAAUUAAGUCAUGCCUCACACCCGCGAUACAAUAGCCAAGUGCGACAGUGAAACUUAACAGAUUAAGCUAAUGGUGUAUCUACUAUGGAAGGAAGCAUUGCAAUUAUCUUUUAACCUUAAGUUUUUUGUUAUUUUUAGCUCAUGUCAUUGAAACCAUAGUCUGGUUUUACCUAUUCUUGUCACUUACAGAGCCUUCGAAAAAAUCAAAGGAAAUUAAUGUUUAAUGAAUGUCUUCAUAUCUGAUAAAAACACGGCUAAACUUUACGUCUAAUUUUUUAGACCAAAAAAACCGGAAGUCAUAAAUUUUAGUGUAAGGAUGAGUUGAUAUUGAUCAGAAAUUUUGAAGCUGUUCGCAAAACUAGCAGUCGUGUAUCAUCAGGUUUUAAAAAAAUUAUGUUCCUCAAUCUUUCUUUUAGGGACAUUCAAUAACAAGACACAUGGUAAAAAUGUCAGUGAUUGUACCAGUUGUCCAGCCGGCAAAUAUUGUGCAGGGGAGGGAAAUGAAAUCUGGACAAAUGACUGUUCACCUGGGUUUCACUGUAUUGGCGGUGCUGACAAUGCCUCUCCUAAUGAUGGAACAACUGGUGUAAUUUGUCCUACUGGGUAAGGAUUUUAAUUGCGCGUUAGAACUAAGUUUAGGUGGAGGUACAGUCACUGCAGACUGCCUGGUCUGUCACGGCCGUACCUCAGGGUUCGUACAGAGUCUUGAAUUCUUGAAGAAGUCUUGAAAUUUGCCCAGCAAUUUUUUUCAGACCUGGAAGAGGUCUGGAAAAUAAAGGUCGCGUCUGGAAAAAUGGUAAAAAGUAUUGAGUAUUUUUUUUAAGGCUUCAAUAAAUGCUUUAUAAUGUGAAUUUUUUUCGUUUUAGUCAAAUCUUGCUCAAUCUUGCCUGUACGUCUGUAGCACAUCAUGAGACUUUUGUUCCCGCUCCACUGAUCGCCUAUUUGAUAACCUUGAGUCUGGAAAAAAGAAAAUAUUGUUUUGGAAAAAGUCUUGGAUAUUGGAUCCAAAAAUCUUUACGAACCGUUAUACCUAAAUAGCAAGGAACUGCGUUAGAUUUUCUCUCUUUUCUUUCCUGCAGACAUUACUGCCCCGCUGGCACAACUGUCACUAUCCCCUGCAAGAAAGGUACAUACGGCCCCACAGAACAGCUAGGUUCCCAAGCAGAGUGCAAGGGGUGUGAUCCAGGAGAGUAUUGUGCUAUUGAUGGUCUCAACCAAACAACUGGGAAUUGUUCCUCAGGGUAUUUCUGCAAACAAAAUGCCUCUGUGAGUGAACCAACAGACGGUACUACUGGUAAGUACUGUAGCUGUUGUUGAGCAACAGUGGCCUUUAGUGCUGUUUUUCAUGCAGAGCAAUCAAAGGAGCUCUUACUUUUUAAGCUAAUAUAUUUUUUACGGUGGUCCGAACUACGUCUGCAAAUAAAAAAAUUGAUAUGUGACGUUUUGUAUCUUUUGAUUUAUCUUUUACAACGUUGCAACGUAAUAGAUUUUUUUCCUACCCAAUCUCAGUCCCACGUUGUUUGGGAAUCAGAAGGCUCAUAUCCCCAACAAAAUAACCUGGCAUGAGAGUUUGUGCUUCUAUAACAAACAGAACCUUUCACAAUUUUCUUUCCAGGUGAUGUUUGCUGGAUUGGGCAUCAUUGUCCUGUUGGCACAGCCAGUCCUCUUCCUUGUUCUCCAGGAACGUACAUGAACCGCACCCAAGCUGCUGAGUGUUACACGUGUCCACCCGGGUACUAUUGUAUCAAUAGAGUUUAUCCAGAACCUUGUCCUGCUGGUAAGAACCCCCCCUCCCCCAAUUCCCCUUGAAAGUGAGUAAGAAAUAAGGAUAUGAGUCACAAGUACAAAAAAUUGCGUUUUCUACACCCGCCAGGUAUGGACUAACUGUAUUCUUCGCUUAAUCUACAUCUUCUUUUCUAAAUAAGCUUGAAUUUUUUGAAAUUUGCUCCAGCAACUAAGGAAACUGUUUCGUUGGUAGAUCCUCUCAAUGUCCUAGUUUUUUUGAACCCAAAAAUCCGAAUUAAAUUUGAGUUGUCCGUUUAGAUAUGUUCCUCACGUCACUUAACGAUCUUGCUAAAAAUGGUUUCAACUACAUAUUUGAAGUACAGAUUUUGAUUAAGCCUCCCGGUGGAAGCCAACAGAAAAUAAGAGUAUCUUUGACUUGUUCUUUUUCAGGCUGGUACUGUCCACUUGGCACGGGACACGACUGGAGACCUUGUCCAAGAGGAACCUACAGUCCAGUUGAGUUCCUUUCUAGAGAAGAACAAUGUAAGUUAUGUGAUCCAGGCCACUACUGUGCUCUCCUAAAUGCUACAGCAACCUCAGGACUUUGUGAUGCGGGAUUUUUCUGCCAUAAUGGCUCUGACCAACAACAACCAUCUGGCGGUAACAGAGGUGAUGCAGGAAUUUGUCCCACAGGAAGCUACUGUCCACAGGGUAAUCCACUAGCUCCAAUAGCUUGUCCUGCUGGCUACUAUAAUAACAGAACCCAUGCAACGUCUUUUGCCGACUGUAAGAAAUGUCCCGGUGGGCAAUACUGUGAAGAAGAUGGUUUAUCUUGGCCAAAUGGCCCUUGUGAUCCUGGCUACUACUGUAUUGAGAAAUCAGCCUCUCGAAAACCGAAUGUCUCAGACACUGGAGGUCCUUGCCCACCCGGCCACUUCUGUCCAGGUGGUUCUCAAUAUCCAAUUGCCUGCAAAGGUGGCGAGUACAAUUCUCGGUGGGCACAAAGUGAAUGCCUUGUUUGUCCUCCUGGUUAUUUCUGUCCGAAUGCUUCAACAAAUGUUACUGACUGCCCCAAAGGAUUCUACUGCCCCAAUGGCUCAGCGUCAGCUAUUCCAUGUCCAAAAGGGUCUUACAAAAAUGUCACCUUGGGUGAUAAUGUCCUCGACUGCACAAUCUGUCCUCCUGGAGAAUAUUGUGAGUUUAGCGGCUUGCCUCAGCCAUCAGGUUUGUGUGCUGGUGGUUGGUUCUGUACUGGUGGGUCAUGGCAGAAGAGGCCUCUAAACACAAGCGACAUAGCAAAUGGUACUGCUGUCUGUCCACUGAUUGGUGAAAUUGGAGGAUUUUGUAAGAAAGGCAGCUUCUGUCCAGCGGGAUCUCAUGAACCAUUGCCUUGUACGCCAGGAUAUUACUGUUUGACCGAUAAACUAGACAGUGAGUCUGGGGCCUGUGCAGCUGGACACUAUUGCAAUGGAAGCACUAUUUAUAGUCAUCCUGUCAAUCAAACAACUGGAGAUAGGUGCCCAAAAGGUUACUACUGUCCUACAAAAAGCUCAUACCCAACAGCAUGCCCACCAGGAACUUAUGCUGACACUGAAUACAACCAGUUUAAGAACAAUUGUAAGCCGUGCAUUCCCGGUAUGUUCUGCCCAACGUUUGGACUUGAUUACCCCAGUGGAAAUUGUUCUGAGGGAUUCUACUGUCCAGCAGGAGAAACCCAGCAAAGUCCUCCAGACAAGGAAUGUCAACCUGGUCAUUAUUGCCCUGAGGGUAGCGGACUUCACAAUCCAUGCCCUGCUGGGACUUAUCAGCCAUACUCGAGGAAAGGUUUUUGCUACACCUGCCCAGCUGGCAGCUACUGUGAUCCAAAUGAAGCUAGACAAAACAUGUCAUGUGAAGGAAAUGGCUCUUGUGGAGUUAUUGCACCAUCUGAUUGCCCUGCAGGAUAUUUCUGCCCCAAUGGUACCAAAUGGGCCAAGCAGUAUCCAUGUCCUGUCGGAACCUUUGGUAAUGUGACAAAGCUUAUGGAAGAAGCACAAUGCACUCAGUGCACUAAAGGUUACUACUGUCAUAAGUCCGGAAUCACAGUUCCAACUGACCAGUGUCAUGCAGGAUAUUACUGUGUGGAGGGUGCAAGUGUACCAACACCCAAUGACACUGUGACAGGCGCCCCUUGUCCACCAGGUUCGUACUGUUUACAAGGGUCGCACAAACCGCAACCAUGUCCAAUAGGCACCUAUGGCCCAACCCAGAAACUUCAAAGCUUAUCAGGCUGCAUGGAUUGCGAUGGAGGAAAGUUUUGUGAUUUUGAGGGCCUGGCUGCUCCCAAUGGCUCGUGUGACCCUGGAUUCUUCUGUCAGAUUCGCGCUAUCAGACCUAAUCCUGUUAACUCUUCUCAAGGCGGUGGCAUUUGUCCCACAGGACACUACUGUCCCAGAGAGACAACCACUCCAUUCAAAUGUCCGCCUGGCACAUUUAACAAUGAGACUCAUGCAACUCAACCUUCGAACUGUAUACCAUGCACACCAGGGGAAUACUGUGAGGGUUAUGGUAACACCUAUCCUGAUGGACCUUGUGAUGAAGGCUGGUACUGUUCAAGGGGUGCAUAUUCAAAGAAACCACUUCUUAAUGUGAAUACGACCUUUAAUAACUCCAAUGACUUCACCUGUCCCAUAUACUCGGUGAACUUUACUGGAGGUAUUUGCCCUGUUGGGCACUUCUGUCCCCGAGGUUCUUCAGAACCAAAGAGUUGCCUCAGAGGCACGUACUGUGGCCAGACAGGACUUGCAAGUCCAGAAGGAAACUGUUCAGCUGGAUAUUAUUGCAAUGGCGGUGAUGUAGUUCCUAAUCCAAGAAACUGCACAGCUGGUUACUAUUGUCCUGUAGGGACAGAAACCGAGAGACCAUGCCCUGCUGGGACGUAUUCUCCAUAUGCAGGUAAAUCUAAGGUGGAAGACUGUUUGAACUGUACUGCAGGAUUCUACUGUCCCUUACAUGGAGCUACAGAGGUGCUGUUUCAGUGCCUACAAGGAUUUUACUGUCCAAGUGGAUCUACACACAAUGCCACUGUCAUAUGUCCAAGGGGAGCAAGCUGUCCCACUGGAAGCGGCCAACCACAGAACUGCAUUCCAGGAGAAUAUCAAGAUGAAGAGGGUCAAUAUCAGUGCAAAGAGUGCCCACCAGGAUAUUACUGUGACCCAUCCACAAAUCUUACAGGUGUUAUAUACCCAACCAAGUGCACAGCCGGUAAUUACUGCCCAGCUGGAACAAAAACAGAAAGACAAUUUCCAUGUCCUGCGGGUACUUACAGCAAUGACACAGGGCUUGAGAGACGUUCAGAUUGCACACCAUGCCCACCCAAAGUGUUCUGUGGAUCAACUGGAUUGAGGAAGCCUACAGGACCUUGUAAUGCAGGUUUGUAAAACGUUAUUACUUAAGGUGAUGAAGGAAUCAGAGUUCUUUUGACUCCUCAACAUUGCAUACCCAAAGAUGGUAUUUGUGCAGUGAAGCAAUCACCAGUUUACCUUAAACGCUAGUCAUAUAUCUCUUAAAUUUUAAUAAUCUAAUGCUUUGUCAGGUCACUAUUGUGUCAAUGGAUCUACAACUCCAACACCAACUGACGGCAAGACAGGCGAUGCAUGUAGACUGGGUGAAUACUGUCCUGAAGGGUCUUCAGAGGGAAUUGGAUGCCCCGCUGGUAUGAUUUCCUUUAUUCACUACAAGUUACUGGUACACUAACUUCUUGCAACAGUGAAUUCAGCGUGCCACGUCCUUACUUGAUCAGUGGCCGUCUGUAAAUUUCAGAAUGAAUGUAGCUUACUUUUAAGGUUGUUUGGAGACAUUUAGUGGUUUUCCCCCUGUUAGCAAGGGUUUAGGGCACUAAAUCUAUAAAACCCAGAUUCCUACAGAACGGAAUUUCCACAUCGCAAAUGACCUUAGUGAAUAGUGUUGUGUAUGAUACAUCUUACAAAAUUCCUAACUCUAUGUAAAUUGUCUAGUAGCGCGUUUCGUAGAUGGUGGUUAAUUUUUUUGACGGUGUAUUGCUUCUCAUCAUUUUUGUAGGCACCUUUUACAACCUAACUGGGCUACAGAAUGUAUCAGGAUGCUUACCCUGUACAGCAGGGUAUUACUGUGAUGGAACAGGAAACAUAGUUCCAACCAAAAAGUGUCGUGAAGGCUUCUGGUGUAGAGGAGGUUCUCCUGAAGAAAUGCCUAUAGAUCAACCUUAUGGCACAGACUGCCCAAAUGGCAGUUACUGUCCCACAGGUACCCCAUCUCCUGUGCAGUGCCCCAAAGGAACCUACCAGCCAAGUCGAGGCAAGGUGCGAGUAGAAGACUGUGUUGGUUGUGAUCCAGGAAAGUUCUGUGAUGAAACUGGUCUGUUUGCUGUAAGUGGUAAUUGCCUGCGUGGUUUCUUCUGUGUUGGUAAUGCUUCCAAGAGCAACCCUGAGGACAAGAUCACUGGAGACAUAUGUCCUAAAGGCAGCUUCUGUGUUGAAGGUUCUUUCAAACCACAGACGUGUUACAACGGAACGUACAUGAAUCACACAGGUUUGUUGUUACAUUGGUGUCAGAUGAAAGAUAUUACUCCUCAUUACCUCUCAGAAAUUAGCGACACAUUUUCUUGAAAAUGAGAUAUGCUUUGAAGGGCUAGACAAUCUGGAUGUUUUCUCUCCGACCCACCCCCAAACCAAAGGAAAAUUGAGCAACGCGUAAUAAAGGGAGCGGGAGAAACUCUAUGGAGGAAAAGACAGGGUGAAUAAGAACUAAGAUUCCUCCAGAGUUGAUAUAUACAGACUGUACCAGCAAUUGCAAGAAAUGGUUGUUGAAGACGAUAAACUGGUAGUUCACAAUCUUCUGUGUCCUUAGUUAAACAACGGUUGUGGUGGUUAGGCAGUCAUUCUAACAAAAAUAAUUCAAAACAAAAAUGUAUAUAUGAGAAAUGCAAUUUUCCACGCACCUUAAAGAGAUUCUGGGCAAUGUUAUUCUUAUUUUUUCUUUUAUGUACGUAAUGAUUCUUUGAAUUAGGCUCAUGAAUGUCACUUUUUCCACGUUAGAUGCUUCUUCAUGCUACGUGUGCCCUGCAGGAUAUCAGUGCACUAAAGCUGUUCUUCCUGAUCCCUGCCCUGCUGGGUUCUACUGUCCAGAAGGGACUGGCUACGAUACUCAACCCUGUCCUGUAGGUACUAUUGGCAACAGGACUGGCCUGGCAAAUGAGUCUGAGUGCACGCAGUGCCCAGGAGGAUUCUACUGCGAGACUAGUGGGCGUGCAACCGUGACUGGACUAUGUAAAAGUGGUUAGUAUUACAUUUGUAGUCACCUGACAUGCUAUCUAGGAGCACAGGGCCUAGUGUAGGUCAUAUAUGCAUCUGCCCUUACAUAGAAAUGUAGAUACAUUGUUUCUUCUCCAAUAAUUUUGGCCAGUUUUUAAAUUUCUCCCGUUUCUGUGUUGUGUGUACUUUAAGUAUAAUAAAUGAAUUCGGAAGACAACACACUAGUAACACAAAAACUAUAAGUAUGGUAAAAAAAAUUGAGAAGACACCAAGCAACACAAUAGUGGCACAAUAGUAAACCACAACAGAUCCUGAAACACAGUUACACACGAAGCGAGUUACUAUCAAGAGGUGUUGAGUUUUCAUGUUUGGUUUGUUGUUUCUUGUAGGUUUCUACUGCACAUCUGGAGUGAAUGUAAGUGCUCCAGAUGUGCAUUACACUGGCAUUGGAGGGAUAUGCCCUGUAGGGCAUGAGUGUCCAGAAGGAAGCAGUACAUUCCAUGCAUGUGACCCUGGAUAUUACGCAGCUGUACCAGGAAUGGCUGCAUGUGACCUGUGUCCUGCAGGUAGGUUGUGUGGUUAUAAUCUUGAUCAUUGA